UCUCAUGAUGAUGUGCGAGGUGAUGCCCACCAUUUCGGAGGAUGGGCGCGGUGGAGGCCUCUCCUCUCCUGGGGUCGGGGCUGGGGGCCCUGGUGGAGCCAUGGGGGGAGGGGGCUACGGUGGCCGAGGAGAAUCAAGGGGUGGGGGUGACGAGGGGGGCAGCACAGGGAACCUGGAGUCCCUGAUGGUCAACAUGCUGACCGAGAGGGAGAGGCUGCUGGACAGCCUAAGGGAGACCCAGGACAGCCUUGGGACGGCCCAGCUACGCCUCAGAGAGCUAGGCCACGAAAAGGACUCCCUCUCGAGACAGCUGUCCAUCGCCCUGCCACAGGUAUGGUAGUGUGUGUGUGUGCGUGUGCGUGUGCCUGCAUGUGUGUGUGUGUGGGGGGGGGGGGGGGGGGGGGAGGGGUACAGUACGAGUGUGGGUAGAGUCAAUGUAUGUCCAUGUGAGUAUGUGGGUGUGAUUGGCAUGUCUGAGUGUGUAUGUGUGUCUGUGCGUGCGUGUGUGUGUUUGUGUAUGGUGCGUGCAUGUGUGCGACUGCAUGUGCGUGCUUGUCUGUGUAUGCGUCAGUUGCAGAGCAAAGCUGGCUCACAAUAAAUUCCUGCAGUGGCAGAUCAGUGUGCUCCACCAUAUAGAGAAAAACUAUAAACUAUAGAGAGGGACAUCAAUUAAUUCCACUCCUGCCUCUUUAGAAUAACCAGUCUUGUACUUACACAUGGAGAGCAUUUGUACUUGUGUUCCCUUUUGUCUUUUUGCUCCCUUGUGUCAGCAUUUUCUUUUAGCUAUUUUUCAUCACAGAUUGAGGGAAACAUUUGUUUGUUUUUAGCACUGUAAUUGGAUCUGAUAGGGCAUUAUAAAAGUAGUACUGUGUUCAUAUUUUUCAUUAGAUUGACCUUCAUGGCCACCGUAGGUGAAGGCUAAUCUUCUUCAGUGGGUAUAUUCUCCCUCAAAAAUAUAAUAUUUGAAUCAGGUUCGAUCAAACUUAUCUUUGUUUACAUAUCUCCUACCUGGGCAACAGUGGCUGUUGGUGCUGUUUAAGAUUAGUGAGGAUUAUUUUUUUUAAUGAGCAUGGCCUUAUUUCUAUUACAGCAUAUUGGAUGACUGUCAUUCACAUUCUAGUCACCCAGUUCAAUGUAACAUCGAUAGGUUUAGGCUACUACAUGAUACUCACAUGUUCCCUAUACCCAUCAUGAGGUUGCUACAACCUAGCCUAUGAAUGAAAGUUUAUAACGUACAGUUGAAGUCGGAAGUUUACAUACACUUAGGUUGGAGUCAUUAAAACUACAACUACUCCACAAAUUUCUUGUUAACAAACUAUAGUUUGGGCAAGUCGGUUAGGACAUCUACUUUGUGAAUAACACAAGUAAUUUUUCCAACAAUUGUUUACAGACAGAUUAUUUCACUUAUAAUUCACUGUAUCACAAUUCCAGUGGGUAAGAAGUUUACAUACACUAAAUUGACUGUGCCUUUAAACAGCUUGGAAAAUUCCAGAAAAUUAUGUCAUGGCUUUAGAAGCUUCUGAUAGGCUAAUUGACAUAAUUUGACUCAAUUGGAGGUGUACCUGUGGAUGUAUUGCAAGGCCUACCUUCAAAUUCAGUGCCUCUUUGCUUGACAUCAUGGGAAAAUCAAAAGAAAUCAGCCAAGACCUCAGAAAAAAAAUGGUAGACUUCCACAAGUCUGGUUCAUCCUUGGAAGCAAUUUCCAAAUGCCUGAAGGUACCACUUUCACCUGUACAAACAAUAGUACGCAAGUACAGUGGGGAAAAAAGUAUUUAGUCAGCCACCAAUUGUGCAAGUACUCCCACUUAAAAAGAUGAGAGAGGCCUGUAAUUUUCAUCAUAGGUACACGUCAACUAUGACAGACAAAUUGAGAUUUUUUUUCUCCAGAAAAUCACAUUGUAGGAUUUUUAAUGAAUUUAUUUGCAAAUUAUGGUGGAAAAUAAGUACAGUGGGGAAAAAAAGUAUUUAGUCAGCCACCAAUUGUGCAAGUUCUCCCACUUAAAAAGAUGAGAGAGGCCUGUAAUUUUCAUCAUAGGUACACGUCAACUAUGACAGACAAAAUUAGAUUUUUUUUCUUCAGAAAAUCACAUGUAGGAUUUCUAAUGAAUUUAUUUGCAAAUUAUGGUGGAAAAUAAGUAUUUGGUCACCUACAAACAAGCAAGAUUUCUGGCUCUCACAGACCUGUAACUUCUUCUUUAAGAGGCUCCUCUGUCCUCCACUCGUUACCUGUAUUAAUGGCACCUGUUUGAACUUGUUAUCAGUAUAAAAGACACCUGUCCACAACCUCAAACAGUCACACUCCAAACUCCACUAUGGCCAAGACCAAAGAGCUGUCAAAGGACACCAGAAACAAAAUUGUAGACCUGCACCAGGCUGGGAAGACUGAAUCUGCAAUAGGUAAGCAGCUUGGUUUGAAGAAAUCAACUGUGGGAGCAAUUAUUAGAAAAUGGAAGACAUACAAGACCACUGAUAAUCUCCCUCGAUCUGGGGCUCCACGCAAGAUCUCACCCUGUGGGGUCAAAAUGAUCACAAGAACAGUGAGCAAAAAUCCCAGAACCACACGGGGGGACCUAGUGAAUGACCUGCAGAGAGCUGGGACCAAAGUAACAAAGCCUACCAUCAGUAACACACUACGCCGCCAGGGACUCAAAUCCUGCAGUGCCAGACGUGUCCCCCUGCUUAAGCCAGUACAUGUCCAGGCCCGUCUGAAGUUUGCUAGAGUGCAUUUGGAUGAUCCAGAAGAGGAUUGGGAGAAUGUCAUAUGGUCAGAUGAAACCAAAAUAGAACUUUUUGGUAAAAACUCAACUCGUCGUGUUUGGAGGACAAAGAAUGCUGAGUUGCAUCCAAAGAACACCAUACCUACUGUGAAGCAUGGGGGUGGAAACAUCAUGCUUUGGGGCUGUUUUUCUGCAAAGGGACCAGGACGACUGAUCCGUGUAAAGGAAAGAAUGAAUGGGGCCAUGUAUCGUGAGAUUUUGAGUGAAAACCUCCUUCCAUCAGCAAGGGCAUUGAAGAUGAAACGUGCCUGGGUCUUUCAGCAUGACAAUGAUCCCAAACACACCGCCCGGGCAACGAAGGAGUGGCUUCGUAAGAAGCAUUUCAAGGUCCUGGAGUGGCCUAGCCAGUCUCCAGAUCUCAACCCCAUAGAAAAUCAUUGGAGGGAGUUGAAAAUUCGUGUUGCCCAGCGACAGCCCCAAAAUAUCACUGCUCUAGAGGAGAUCUGCAUGGAGGAAUGGGCCAAAAUACCAGCAACAGUGUGUGAAAACCUUGUGAAGACUUACAGAAAACGUUUGACCUGUGUCAUUGCCAACAAAGGGUAUAUAACAAAGUAUUGAGAAACUUUUGUUAUUGACCAAAUACUUAUUUUCCACCAUAAUUUGCAAAUAAAAUCAUUAAAAAUCCUACAAUGUGAUUUUCUGGAUUUUUUUUUCUCAUUUUGUCUGUCAUAGUUGACGUGUACCUAUGAUGAAAAUUACAGGACUCUCUCAUCUUUUUAAGUGGGAGAACUUGCACAAUUGGUGGCUGACUAAAUACAUUUUUUCCCACUGUAUAAACACCAUGGGACCACGCAGCCGUCAUACCACUCAGGAAGGAGACGCGUUCUGUCUCCUAGAGAUGAACGUACUUUGGUGCGAAAAUCUAUAUCCACAGUAAAACGAGUCCUAUAUUGACAUAACCUGAAAUGCCGCUCAGCAAGGAAGAAGCCACUGCGCCACAACCGCCAUAAAAAAGCCAGACUACGGUUUGCAACUGCACAUGGGGACAAAGAUUGUACUUUUUGGAUAAAUUUUCUCUGGUCUGAUGAAACAAAAAUAGAACUGUUUGGCCAUAAUGACCAUCAUUAUGUUUGGAGGAAAAAGGGGGACGCUUGCAAGCUGAAGAACACCAUCCCAACCAUGACGCACGGGGGUGGCAGUAUCAUGCUGUGGGGCUGCUUUGCUGCAGGAGGGACUGGUGCACUUCAGAAAAUAGAUGGCAUCAUGAGGAAGGAAUAUUAUGUGGUUAUAUUGAAGCAACAUCUCAAGACAUCAGUCAGGAAGUUAAAGCUUGGUCGCAAAUGGGUCUUCCAAAUGGACAAUGACCCAAAGCACACUUCCAGAGUUGUGGCAAAAUGCCUUAAGGACAACAAAGUCAAGGUAUUGGAGUGGCAAUCACAAAGCCCUGACCUCAAACCUAUAGAAAAUGUGUGGGCAGAACUGAAAAAGCGUGUGCGAGCAAGGAGGCCUACAAACCUGACACAGUUACACCAGCUCUGUCAGGAGGAAUUGGCCAAAAUUCACCCAACUUAUUGUGGGAAGCUUGUGGAAGGCUACUCAAAACAUUUUACCCUAGUUAAACAAUUUAAAGGCAAUGCUACCAAAUACUAAUUGAGUGUAUGUAAACUUCUGACCCACUGGGAAUGUGAUGAAAGAAAUAAAAGCUGAAAUAAAUAAUUCUCUCUACUAUUAUUCUGACAUUUCACAUUCUUAAAAUAAAGUGGUGAUCCUAACUGACCUAAGACAGGGACUUUUUACUAUGAUUAAAUGUCAGGAAUUGUGAAAAACUGAGUUUAAAUGUAUUUGGCUAAGGUGUAUGUAAACUUCCGACUUCAACUGUAGGUGCACAGGUCUAGAAACAUAUUGAGUAAUUAAGGUGACAGACAGUGACACAUUCAAUACCGCCUUGCACACUCUUGCCUUCAUCUAGCUGAUCUAGGGUGUAAUCAUUAGUCCAAACAGUUGCAAAUUAGAGUUUCUAUUGGACAAAUUCAGGUAGGUUUAUCCCCAUUUCAUUCCGUUUGCUUCCGUUUUAAGAUUUUUUUUUUUACAGAAUUGGCGGAAUGAAUACACCCCUGAUCAUCCGCACACCAGUGGAGGCUGCUAAGGGGAGGACAGCUCAUAAUAAUGGCUGGAACGGAGUAAAUGGAAUGGCAUCAAACAUCUGGAAACCAGGUGUUUGAUGUAUUUGAUACCAUUUCACUUAUUCCGCUCCAGCCAUUACCACGAGCCCGUUCUCCCCAAUGAAGGUGCCACCAACAUCCUGUGCUGCACACACAGUUCACUUUCAUAGCAGCCACAUACAAACAGCAUCAUCACUUUGCUUGUUGUAUAAUUCCUUCUCUCAUCUACGUGCUUUUGACAUUCCUCCCACUGUGUCUGCUGGGAUCUUCUGUUUGGUAGUUUGCUUGUUGCAGGAGGCCAGUGGGCAGAGCUGGGAGGAUUGUCAGCUGAUGUGGCGCACCUGUGCAGGCUUGGCCUGCAGGCUAUAAAGUGUGGCCACAUCAGCCAACACGCUCUGUCCUCCAUGACUGGCAGGCUGGCUUCCACCACCUUCGGGUUUUUGGUCUGUUUUCACCAUACAACACCCUCUCCACUCAUCCACACACUGCAUACACUACUGAUCUUACUGACAUCCACAGCUUAUGUUACAUUUUUGAAUUUAUUAUUAUUUAGUUUAAUAAAUGUAUUCCUUUUUACAUUUAAGUCAUGUGUGGUCUCCCUUUGUUGUUACGAACUAUGAGCCAGGUUGUAACAGCUCUCUCCUCCUCUCACCUUUUCCCUUCACGUGGACUUCAGUUAAUAAAACCAAAAGCUUACCUUGACUUGGAAGAGUUCCAGUGUUGGAUAGCCUUAGCCAGCUAGCUAACAUAAAUAGCAUUCCUCUCUGUUUGAGCCAGGUGUUUGAGUAGGCUAAAUUAGCUAGCUGCAUUAGCUAGCUAAGUAGGCUAAGUGAAAGUGAAAUUGAAAUAGAAAAUACAACGAAAUAAAGCUAGCUCUCUCUCUUGCUCUCUCUGCUGCUGCUUCUCCUUAAUUUUUGAAGAAAUGAAUUUGUUCCAAACUGUUCAACUAUUGUCUUUCUCUCUCUUUGAGUCAACUACUCACCACAUUUUAUGCGCUGCAGUGCUAGCUAGCUGUAGCUUAUGCUUUCAGUACUAGAUUAAUUAUCUGAUUCUUAGAUUGGGUGGACAACAUGUCAGUUCAUUCUGCAAGAGCUCUGAUAGGUUGGAGGACGUGCUCUGGAAGUCGUCAUAAUUACUGUGUAAGUCUAUGGAAGGGGAUGAGAACCAUGAGCCUCCUAGGUUUUGUAUUGAAGUCAAUGUACUCAGAGGAGGAAGGAAAAUAGCUGUCCUCUGGCUACACCAUGGUGCUACCCCAGAGAGUGCUGUUGAGGCUACCGUAGACCUUCAUUGCAAAACAAUGUGUUUUAAUCAGUUAUUUGGAGAUGUGAAUAUAUUUUGUAUUGUUGUAUCUAAAAAUGAUCACUUUUGAAAUGUUUCACUAUUUUUAUUUUUAUGAAAUUCACUGAGUAGGAUGGUCCUCCCCUUCCUCCUUUACGGAGCCUCCACUGCACACACAAAGCUUAUUCUGAAAACACGAUUUUUGAACGGUACCCCAAUACCAUUCUGUGAUUUUAGAUUAGAAUUAGCAAGUGUGCAUACAAGUACACAACACACAUUAACAAAACAACACACAUGUACAUAAACAAAGCAUACGUGAACUGUACAGUAUAUAGCACACAACAAUGAAUUGGACCGUGUGAUAAAGGGUAUGUUUGUAUGCUACUCUUUAAAUAAGAGUUCUACUGAAUGGAGCCCCUAGUCUCUCAAUGAUGAUACAGACAGUGAGAAUGAGAGAGAGAUGGCAUAAAAAGAAAUGACCAGAGAUGCCAAGUGAAAUUCUGACCCUUAUCCAAACAAGGACCAGUCCCAGAAGGCAGAGUGCCAACGGUCCUACUGUGUCACCAUCUGUAUAUUCCCCUUCUCUUAUCUCCGACUACCAUCGCUGUCCUAUUGCAUUUCAUACUGUAUGUUUCUUUGUGUGUCUUAUGCCAUGUUGUUACUAUUGUUUACAUUGCAGCAUAACACAUUGGCAUUGUAGUCCUCCAGUCUAAAGGUAGUGGUGCUUGUGCCUAAAAAAUGAAGGUUCCAAAGCUUGUGUCUCCAAAAGGAACAAUCUAAAGCUUGUGCUGCCAAAACUAAGCUUAAUUUGUUGGUGUCUUUUUUCUUCCAAAUAAUAGGGAUCGUAAUUUUUUUUGGAAGGCUCAGGAACAUAAGGAAUAAUUAAUAAUUACAAAAGUGUUGCAUGUCAUAUUACCUUGUGAUGGCAAGAUAUUUUACUCACACUGUUGUUGACAGUGUGUUUCCAGUUAGCAUUGUAAGUGGCAUAUCAAUGCUGUGAGUGUUUCUUGUCUUUCCAGUGCAUGUCAGUGCAGUAUCAUUGUGUAACUCAGUGAUGUAAUCCUUGAAGUUCACAGCCUGAUAGUGUCACUGCAGAGUAAACGGUGUCAGUGAAUCAGUACAUGAUUAUUAUGCUUGCUUACUGCUUCAAUGUCUGCACGUAAGUGUAUGUGUGUGUGUGUGUGUGUGUGCGUGCAUGUGUGUUUUCUGCAUGUGUGUGUGCAUGCGUAUGUGUGUACUGUACAUGCGUAUGUGUGUUUUCAGAGUUGGUUGCACACCUUGCUGAUUACAGUAUAUUUCCUGUAAUAUUGCAUCUACAUUGAUUAAUUAUAUGUGAGCACGUUACAAGUCGUCCAUAUUGUUCAUGAAUGUUAUGUUGCUUGGGGGUUCUGCAGGAGUUUGCUGUGCUGACUAAGGAGCUGAAUGUUUGCCGGGAUCAGCUACUGGAGAGGGAAGAGGAGAUUUCUGAGCUCAAGGCGGAGAGAAACAACACACGUGUAAGAUGUGUAUCAGUCAUUUUACUCCUCAGCACUUUCACAGCAGUUGUGUUUUGUUCUUUCUUACCCAUCGUAGUUGUGGUAUUGAUUCUAUUACUCACUCUUCUCCUCCCUAGUACACACUUUCACAUUUUCUCCUAUCAUCCCUCUGCCCUCUCCUUUUUCUCCACGUUUCUCCCCCUUCUCUUUCUGCUACCUUAUGCUCUUCCACUCCUCUCCACUCCCUCUAAACCUUUCUUGUCUCUCUCUCUCCUCCUUUUUCCCUUUUCCUCUCCACUCUCUUUUCUCCACCUCCUACUAUGCCUGUCUUUCUCUCCUUUCCUUUGCCUCUCUCCAUCCCUUCCUUGCGUCUCUAACUCUUCUGCCUCUCUCUCUUUCUCUCUCUACCUCUCCCUCAAACUCUUUAUCUGCCUCUUUCUGCCUGUCUCUUCCUCCUCCUCUCUCCCCCCUCUCUCUUUCUCUCUCUUUUCAUCUUUCCCUCUUGUCCUCUCCCCUCCCAUAUAGUUGUUACUAGAGCACCUGGAGUGUCUUGUGUCCCGUCAUGAGCGCAGUCUGAGGAUGACAGUGGUGAAGAGGCAGGCCCAGUCUCCGGCAGGUGUCUCCAGUGAAGUGGAGGUUCUCAAGGCCCUCAAGUCCCUGUUUGAACACCACAAGGCUUUGGAUGAGAAGGUGGGCGACCAGGCCACCAGGCUCCCAUUUUGGGGUCUCCAUCCCACUCAUAAGCAGCUACUGUAGCUUUCUACAGUCGCUUUAUUGUUUUGCUGAAAGGAUCCAGACAGACACAUUUCUCAGCGUUUCUUAUUCAUCUCUUAUUUUUGGCCCCUAAGGUUCGAGAGCGACUCCGUGUGGCCCUUGAGAGAGUGACCCUUUUGGAAGAUCAACUACAAGCAUCCGCACAAGAGGUAAAAGCCAUACGGGAUACAGAUGUUUUAUUAAAGCAUGUUAUAUCUCAAUUUCUUGACAAUAAGAAAGAUACAAAUGCAUUCCCUCAAUUUUUUCGUCAUUUACCUCUCUUGCAGGUAAUCUCUUUAAGAGACCAAAUUAAAAGACGGCAACAAGGGUCGGACGGCGGGAAAGAUGUAAGGGGGGACUUAUGCACGUUGGUUCUAGUGUUUGUGUUUGUUAGCGUCCAAAAGUUAAUAACAGUACUACAGUAUAUAGUAUAUGGGUAUUAUGAUGUGUCUCUUUGAUAUUCAACAGUAUGAUGAUGGGUCUAAUUGAUCUCAUUUACCAUCGAUCUCCUUUCUCGAAAACCAUUGUCACCGGUGACAUCAGCGCCUACCCAAUGGACCUUCUUCUGGAUUGGAUGAUGGUGAGAUCGACAGACAGAGAGAAACGGAGAUAGAACGCCAAAGAGCUGAGCUCUCCCAGCUGAAAGAGAGACUGGCCCUUAUGUGUCGACAGGUGGGUUUGAGAGCGAGAGAGUGAGCGAGAGAGAGAAUGUAGCCUACAUGUACAGUGAGGGAAAAAAGUAUUUGAUCCCCUGCUGAUUUUGUACGUUUGCCCACUGACAAAGACAUGAUCAGUCUAUAAUUUUAAUGGUAGGUUUAUUUGAACAGCGAGAGACAGAAUAACAACAACAAAAUCCAGAAAAACGCAUGUCAAAAAUGUUAUAAAUUGAUUUCCAUUUUAAUGAGGGAUAUAAGUAUUUGACCCCUCUGCAAAACAUGACUUAGUACUUGGUGGCAAAACCUUUGUUGGCAAUCACAGAGGUCAGACGUUUCUUGUAGUUGGCCACCAGGUUUGCACACAUCUCAGGAGAGAUUUUGUUCCACUCCUCUUUGCAGAUCUUCUCCAAGUCAUUAAGGUUUCGAGCCUGACGUUUGGCAACUCAAACCUUCAGCUCCCUCCACAGAUUGUCUAUGGGAUUAAGGUCUGGAGACUGGCUAGGCCACUCCAGGACCUUAAUGUGCUUCUUCUUGAGCCACUCCUUUGUUGCCUUGGCCGUGUGUUUUGGGUCAUUGUCAUGCUGGAAUACCCAUCCACGACCCAUUUUCAAUGCCCUGGCUGAGGGAAGGAGGUUCUCACCCAAGAUUUGACGGUACAUGGCCCCGUCCAUCGUCCCUUUGAUGCAGUGAAGUUGUCCUGUCCCCUUAGCAGAAAAACACCCCCAAAGCAUAAUGUUUCCACCUCCAUGUUUGACGGCGGGGAUGGUGUUCUUGGGGUCAUAGGCAGCAUUCCUCCUCCUCCAAACACGGCGAGUUGAGUUGAUGCCAAAGAGCUCGAUUUUGGUCUCAUCUGACCACAACACUUUCACCCAGUUCUCCUCUGAAUCAUUCAGGUGUUCAUUGGCAAACUUCAGACGGACCUGUAUAUGUGCUCUCUUGAGCAGGGGGACCUUGCGGGCGCUGCAGGAUUUCAGUCCUUCACAGCAUAGUGCGUUACCAAUUGUUUUCUUGGUGACUAUGGUCCCAGCUGCCUUGAGAUCAUUGACAAGAUCCUCCCGUGUAGUUCUGGGCUGAUUCCUCACCGUUCUCAUGAUCAUUGCAACUCCACGAGGUGAGAUCUUGCAUGGAGCCCCAGGCCGAGGGAGAUUGACAGUUCUUUUGUGUUUCUUCCAUUUGCGAAUAAUCGCACCAACUGUUGUCACCUUCUCACCAAGCUGCUUGGCGAUGGUCUUGUAGCCCAUUCCAGCCUUGUGUAGGUCUACAAUCUUGUCCCUGACAUCCUUGGAGAGCUCUUUGGUCUUGGCCAUGGUGGAGAGUUUGGAAUCUGAUUGAUUGAUUGCUUCUGUGGACAGGUGUCUUUUAUACAGGUAACAAGCUGAGAUUAGGAGCACUCCCUUUAAGAAUGUGAUCCUAAUCUCACCUCGUUACCUGUAUAAAAGACACCUGGGAGCCAGAAAUCUUUCUGAUUGAGAGGGGGUCAAAUACUUAUUUCCCUCAUUAAAAUGCAAAUCAAUUAUAACAUUUUUGACAUGCGUUUUUCUGGAUUUCUUUGUUGUUAUUCUGUCUCUCACUUUUCAAAUAAACCUACCAUUAACAUUAUAGACUGAUCAUUUCUUUGUCAGUGGGCAAACAUACAAAAUCAGCAGGGGAUCAAAUACUUUUUUCCCUCACUGUAUGCAUUGCCUACUCUGUAAGACUUUUCUGUAAUUUUAACAGUGAAACACUGUAGAAUGCACAGUAAAAUACCUUAAAUGUGUUUUACAGAAUUCAUUAUGGUGCAUUGUGGGAAAAUGUUGAGGGCGGGGAAAGAGUCUCUGGCUCAUUAAUGUACUUUAAGACGUGCCUUGUAAGAGGCUAUAUUUGUUGCAUCCGUGAGAAUGCUGUACCCCAACAGAAAACAGUAAUAUACUGUAUUUUAAGGAUUUCUACCAACCUUGUCCUGAAAAAUCGCUGCCAUUAAUUUUCUGUAAUUCAGAAUGCAGUACCAUACUGUAUUUUUGGAGCGACAAAAACCUUUUGAAUACUAGUGUCUCAUUAACAUAUUUUGAGGUGUGUCUUGUAAGAGGUUAUAUUUGUUGCACCUGUUAGUGAGAAUGCUGUACGAAUUUAGCUAAUAUGUGGUAGUGGUUCCCUAAGCCUUUGUUAAGGCCUAAAGUGCAAGUGAUAUAAAACACCAAAUAUCAGUUAUUGUGCUGGAAGGUACACCCAUCUAGUACCGAGUCAGACCCCGCUUUGCCUCCAGAACAGCCUGAAUUCUUCGGUGCAUAGAAACGUUGCUGAAUUGAUAUUAAGGGACCUAACGUGUGCCAGGAAAACAUUACCCACACCAUUACUCUACCGCUACCAGCCUGUACCAUUGACACCAGGCAGGAUGGGGCCAUGGACUCAUGCUGCUUAUGCCAAAUCCUGACUCUGCCAUUAGCAUGACACAACAGGAACCGGGAUUCGUCGGACCAGGCAAUGUUUUUCCACUCCUCAAUUGUCCAGUGUUGGUGAUCGUGUGCCCACUGGAGCCGCUUCUUCUUGUUUUUAGCUGAUAGGAGUGGAACCCGGUGUAGUCGUCUGCUGCAGUAGCCCAUUUGUGACAAGAACCGACAAGUUGUGCAUUCCGAGAUGCCGUUCUACACACCACUGUUGUACUGUGCCGUUAUUUGCCUGUUUGUGGCCCGCCUGUUAGCUUGCACAAUUAUUGCCAUUCUCCUUCGACCUCUCAUCAAAGAGUUGUUUUCACCCACAGGACUGCCGCUGACUGGAUGUUUUUUGUUUGUCGCACCAUUCUUGGUAAACCCUAGACACUGUCGUAUGUGAAAAGCCCAGGAGGCCGGCCGUUUCUGAAAUACUAGAACACUGGUUAAUAUGUCACUGGGUAAUUACAGUAAUAUUCUGUAAUUGUAAUUGGUACUGUAAAUUAGAUUACAGUAAUAUUUGUGGUACCGUUAAAUGGAUUACAGUAGCUGUACUGUAGAAUAAAUUAAAGUAACUUACUGGCCAAUUGCUGCCAGUAUGUUACUUUAAUUUUGCAGGACUUAUUUUACAGUGUAGUUUAUUAUGAUCUUAAUGUAACCUAUGUUGUUAUGAACCAUUCCCAACAAUAUUGUGUGAGAGAGAGAGAGUGAAAUAGAGAAAAGAGAAGAAAGAUAAAGAAAAAUAGAUUAGGUUGGGGGGUGUAUGAAGAUUCUUAAAACCAGUUACCUUCUUCCCUCUUGUGGACAGUCAAAAACCACACAGCCUGAUCAUUGUACAUGACAGUCUUUUCUAUAUAAUUGCCAUAAACCUGCCUCUACCCAAACCAGUGCUUCACGGCUUCACUCAUAAAGGCCCUCUGUCCUGUUAUAGUCCCUUAUUGUCCCUUAUCAUCUUAUUGCUCUUCCUCAUGUCACGUCAGGUUGGGGAAAUAGAGGAACAGCUUGCAGCCGCCAGGAGGGAGGUGACGAAGUCGGAGGAGGCCAAUCAGAAGCUCCAGAGGGACGUGAAGGAGGUCAGUCGGGCCAAUCUGUUCCUGGCCAAGGCCUUUGGUCAGGGGUGGGAAAACCUUUUUGGCUCGAGGGCCACAUCAGUAUUGAUCAUUUCUACAUACUUUCUAUCUAGUUUUAGAUGCUCAAGUAAGGCCUGGAGCGUUUCUUUUUUACACAAAAUAAUAAUUUGUAAUCGGCUGCCCACCCCUGCCUUAGAUUAUAUCAGUUCCCGAAGCCUCUCUGUUUAAGCUACUGUUCUAUCCCACUAUGUGCAUCCAAUGCAAAUAUCUCAAUGCACAGAGCAUUGAAAUGCCUGGUAUGAAUUUCGGGAAAAUAUGCAUUUAUGAGUUAUAUUCAUCAUGGAUCAGGAGCUAUACAGUUGAAGUCAGAAGUUUACAUACACCUUAGCCAAAUACAUUUAAACUCAGUUUUUCACAAUUCCUGACAUUUAAUCCUAGUAAAAAUUCCCUGUCUUAGGUCAGUUAGGAUCACCACUUUAUUUUAAGAAUGUGAAAUGUCAGAAUAAUAGUAGAGAGAAUGAUUUAUUUCAGCUUUUAUUUCUUUCAUCACAUUCCCAGUGGGUCAGAAGUUUACAUACACUCAAUUAGUAUUUGGUAGCAUUGCCUUUAAAUUGUUUAACUUGGGUCAAACGUUUUGCGUAGCCUUCCACAAGCUUCCCACAAUAAGUUGGGUGCAUUUUGGCCCAUUCCUCCUGACAGAGCUGGUGUAACUGAGUCAGGUUUGUAGGCCUCCUUGCUCGCACACGCUUUUUCAGUUCUGCCCACAAAUUUUCUAUAGGAUUGAGGUCAGGGCUUUGUGAUGGCCACUCCAAUACCUUGACUUUGUUGUCCUUAAGCCAUUUUGCCACAACAUUGGAAGUAUGCUUGGGGUCAUUGUCCACUUGGAAGACCCAUUUGCGACCAAGCUUUAACUUCCUGACUGAUGUCUUGAGAUGUUGCUUCAAUAUAUCCACAUAAUUUUCCUUCCUCAUGAUGCCAUCUAUUUUGUGAAGUGCACCAGACCCUCCUGCAGCAAAGCACCCCCACAGCAUGAUCCUGCCACCCCCGUGCUUCACGGUUGGGGUGGUGUUCUUGGGCUUGCAAGCGUCCCCCUUUUUCCUCCAAACAUAAUGAUGGUCAUUAUGGCCAAACAGUUCUAUAUUUGUUUCAUCAGACCAGAGGACAUUUCUCCAAAAAGUACGAUCUUUGUCCCAUGUGCAGUUGCAAACCAUAGUCUGGCUUUUUUAUGGCGGUUUUGGAGCAGUAGCUUCUUCCUUGCUGAGCGGCCUUUCAGGUUAUGUCGAUAUAGGACUCGUUUUACUGUGGAUAUAGAUACUUUUGUGCCUGUUUCCUCCAGCAUCUUCACAAGGUCCUUUGCUGUUGUUUUGGGAUUGAUUUGCACUUUUCGCAUCAAAGUACGUUCAUCUCUAGGAGACAGAACGUGUCUCCUUCCUGAGCGGUAUGAAGGCUGCGUGGUCCCAUUGUGUUUAUACUUGCGUAUUGUUUGUACAGAUGAACGUGGCACCUUCAGGCAUUUGGAAAUUGCUCCCAAGGAUGAACCAGACUUGUGGAGGUCUACAAUUUUCUUUCUGAGGUCUUGGCUGAUUUCUAUGGAUUUUCCCAUGAUGUCAAGCAAAGAGUCACUGAGUUUGAAGGUAGGCCUUGAAAUACAUCCACAGGUACACCUCAAAUUGAGUCAAAUUAUGUCAAUUAGCCUAUCAGAAGCUUCUAAAGCCAUGACAUCAUUUUCUGGAAUUUUCCAAGCUGUUUAAAGACACAGUCAACUUAGUUUAUGUAAACUUCUGACCCACUGGAAUUGUGAUACAGUGAAUUAUAAGUGAAAUAAUCUGUCUGUAAACAAUUGUUGGAAAAAUUACUUGUGUCAUUCACAAAGUCGACUUGCCAAAACUAUAGUUUGUUAACAAGACAUUUGUGGAGUGGUACUUACCAGGCCCGACCCUGCUUAGCUACUAAGAUCAGACAUGUUCAGGGUGGUAUGGUCACAAGCAUACUUGGCACAUCGCUGCAAUUCCCCAAUGGGCUCGGGCGAGGCGAAGGUCGAGUCACGCGUCCUCCGAAACAUGACCCGCCUGGCCACGCUACUUCUUAUCAUACUACUCGCUUAAUCCGGAAGUCAGCUGCACCAAUGUGUCAGAGGAAACACCAUUCGACUGACGACAGAAGUCAGCUUGAAGGCACCCGACUCUGCCACGAGUCGCUAGAGCGUGAUGAGCCAAGGAAAGCCCCCCGGCCAAACCCUCUCCUACCUCGGAUGGCGCUGGGACAAUUGUGCGGCAUCCUAUGGGGCUCCCGGUCACAGUGCUUUUGACAUCUGUGCCACACAGGAUUAAUGACGCAUAAUAAAGGCCUAUUUAGCUACUUAUGUUGCAAAUGAGUGUCUGUAUUGUGAUUCCUCUACUAAAGUUGUACCCUUUGUACUCUAUUAAGCAUGUAAAUUAAUAUUGAAUAUGAAAGAAAGAGUAGCUGUAAGACGAGCCCUAGGUGACAAGAGAGACUAGAGGAGCUGUGCACAUAUUAAAUGACUGAACAAAUGUGAUAAUGAAUAGUCAAUUCAUAUAAAUGUGCACAUUUCUCUGUUAAAUGUUUAGGUUACCAUUUUAUACUGUAUGUGAUAUUUACAAUGUGUAAUGUAUAAUCAUAUGUUUAUUUGGAUGAUUAACCAUGCUUCACUACGUUUCUGCAUCGUUCAGGCUCUGUGCCAAAGGGAGGAUAUGGAGGAGAGGAUCACUACAUUAGAACGCAGGUAACCCUCUAUUUGCAGAACGAUACUGGCUUGUGUGACUAUUCAUUUCCCCUUUUACAGUAUAAUGGUGACAAACUACCAGGUUUUCCCCUCAUUAUCUGAAAAGCUGUCACCAACGUGUCACAACACCUGUACAUCGCACCUUUCAUCUUUAACUCAAUGCCUGGGUAUUUUCAAACGUUACAGCACACUGCAAUAGUUGGCUUAUGUCUGCAUACUGCACAUACAGUGAAGAGUGGAUGUGCAUAACUAAUGGUCAGGGAUGUAGUGGAGCAUAAAUGCACAUAAACGUUGUUUAGGCACCUUUAUAUUGGUGAAAAACGUUUACACUCCUACCGUGCCAAAUAAGCUUUGUUAGCGUUAACGUUGACAUUACUUGCUGCCGGUCAUCAGCUCGACCAAUGUUCACCGUUGGUGUUAUCUACCUUUCUUACCAUGUUGUUUGCAGGUACCUCAGUGCUCAGAGGGAAGCAACCUCUCUACAUGACAUCAAAGACAAGCUGGAGAAUGAGCUGGCCAGCAAGGAGUCACUGCACAGACAGGUAAUGGUUAACAAACGACUACAAGGGUGGCUUACAUAGAUGUACAAUAACCCUGUACAAAUGAGUAGGUUAUAUCCAGAUUAGCAUUGUCUUUUAAUACUUAGGGCCAGAUUCUUAGGGCCAAUUUCCUGUACCUCGAUUUAAGUAAUUCUCAAUGGAGUAUCUAUUUACAGGACGAGAAAGAGGGAAGAGAACGGACUCAGACCUGGAUUGUAGUGCAGUGUAUAAAAAUAUCCCUGACUUCAUCCGCUCUCUUCCCUCUUUCUCGUCCUGUAUAUUGUAAGAGUGAGGAGAAGAACAGGCAGCUCCAGGAGCGUCUGGACGACGCCAAGCAGAAGCUCCAGCAGACCCUGCAGAGGGCCGAGACACUGCCCGAGAUUGAGGCCCAGCUCGCCCAGAGAGUGGCUUCCCUCAACAAGGUACUGUACUGGAUGUCUAAGUUCACACUGUUUGUUCUGUUUACUCAUGUGGAUCUGUCUGACUGUCUGUGAAACUGUUUGGUUGUCUGUCUGUCUCUUUCCACUUUCUACCGUCCGUCCGUCUGUAUGACCUGAGUUGUCCUCCUAUUGGCAACCCAUCUAUCUGUCCUUGUGUUAGUCUGAGUUUAUAUUUGAUCUCAUGUUCAGACACUUUCUCUAUCUUUUCUAUUUAGGCAGAGGAACGCCAUGGAAACUUUGAGGAGCGACUACGACAGAUGGAGGCACAACUUGAAGAGAGGAAUCAGGAGUUGCAAAGGGUAAUAAUGCAGUACUUGUUUAUACACUGUAAACCCCAAUGUGCUGUCAUUACUCCAAAUUCUUUAGGAAACCUGUUGCACUAAAUAUAUCUGAGUACAGUUACAGUUACAGUUUUGGAGUCAUUACUCAAAUCGAUAGUCGAUGUGACCCUGUAGGGCAGGGGUGUCAAACUCAUUCCAUGGAGGGUCUAGUGUCUUCUGGUUUUUAUUUUUUUCCUUUCAGUUAAGACCUAGACAACCAGGUGAGGGAAGUUUCUUACUAAUUAGUGACCUUAAUUCAUCAAUCAAGGGAGGAGCGAAAACUUGCAGACACUCGGCCCUCCGUGGAAUGAGUUUGACACGUGCUGUAGGGGGUCCAGAUUUGAGUUGUAUCAGCUUGCCUUUUCAAGUGAAUUGCAGAAUUACCACCCAUGACUGUAUUUGUUAGUGAUAGAGACAUGGUUGUUGAAUUCGUUCAUUUUCAGUCCUGUGGCCUUACCAAGAGAGUUCUUAGGUGAAUGUUAUAACUCUUUAUGACAAUACAUAUCUCAUAAGGCCUUAUUUUGAGGCCUCGCUUUAUCCUAAUACAGUUGCCUGAAAAUCAUUGUUUACAGGCCACAUCAGGCCUGCAAGUAGGGUUGCAAAACUCUGGUAACUAUACAAAAAUUCCCAGAAUCUUCCAACUGGGAUUUCUGGAAAACCAGGGAAAUGUACUGUUGAUGUUACGUUUGAUGUUAAGUUUGAUACCGGAGCUCAGAGGCAUGCGUAGAAAUCGCUAAGCAGCUAACUUCGAAGCAGUUUGCCGAUGCAUAUAUAACUUUAUCAGAAGUACAUUCAAUGACAUCUGAAGCUUUGUUUGAUCACAUGCUUUUUCAAACCAUGUGAUGCAAAAUGUGAGAUUCCACUGAUUUCGCCGUGGUUCUGCUGCUUUCUUCGAUUCCAAGCUACUUUCAAACACCGACCUCUAAUGGACACAGUACAUACAUAUAUACACAGAACAAAAAUAUAAGCGCAACAUGUAAAGUGUUGGUCUCAUGUUUCAUGAGCUGAAAUAAAAGAUCCCAGAAAUGUUGUUUACAUCCCUGUUAGUGAGCAUUUAUCCUUUGCCAAGAUAAUCCAUACAAAUGACAGGUGUGGCAUAUCAAGAAGCUGAUUAAACAGGAUGAUCAUUACACAGGUGCACCUUGCGCUGAGGACAAUAUAAGGUAACUCUAAAAUGUGCAGUUUUGUCACACAACAUAAUGCCACAGACGUCUCAAGUUUUGAGGGAGCGUGCAAUUGGCAUGCUGACUGCAGGAAUGUCCACCAGAGCUGUUGCCAGAUAAUUGAAUAUUAAUUUCUCUACAAUAAACUGCCUCCAAUGUCGUUUUAGAGAAUUUGGCAGUACGUCCAACCGGCCUCACAACCGCAGACCACAUGUAACGACACCAGUCCUCCACAUCCAGCUUUUUCACCUGCGGGAUUGUCUGAGACCAGCCACCCGGACAGCUGAUGAAACUGUGAGUUUGCACAAGUGAAGAAUUUCUGCACUAACUGUCAGAAACCAUCUCAGGGAAGCUCAUCUGCGUGCUUGUCGUCCUCACCACGGUCUUGACCUGACUGCAGUUUGAUGUCGGUACUGACUUGAGUGGGCAAAUGCUCACCUUCGAUGGCCACUGGCAUGCUGGAUCUCAUGUGUGCUCUUCACGGAAGAAUCCCAGUUUGAACUGUACCAGUCAGAUGGCGUUGUGUGGGCGAGCGGUUUGCUGAUGUCAACGUUGUGAACAGAGUGCCCCAUGGUGGCGGUGGGGUUAUGAUAUGGGCAGGCAUAAGCUAUGGACAACGAACACAAUUGCAUUUUAUUGAUGGCAAUUUGAAUGCACAGAGAUACCGUGAUGAGAUCCUGAGGCCCAUCAUCGUGCCAUUCAUCUGCCGCCAUCACCUCAUGUUUCAGCAUGAUAAUGCACGGCCCCAUGUUGCAAGGAUCUGUACACAAUUCCUGGAAGCUAAAAAUGUCCCCGUUCUGCCAUGGCCUGCAAACUCACCAGACUGAGCAUGUUUGGGAUGCUCUGGAUCGACAGCAUGUUCCAGUUCCGCCAAUAUCCAGCAACUUCGCACAGCCAUUGAAGAGGAGUGGGACAACAUUCCACAAUCAACAGCCUGAUCAACUCUAUGCGAAGGAGAUGUGUCGAACUGCAUGAGGCAAAUGGUGGUCACACCAGAUACUGAAUGGUUUUCUGAUCCACACGCCUACUUUUUUUUUUUAAGGUACACUACAUGGCCAAAAGUCCUUCAAAUUAGUGGAUUUGGCUAUUUCAGCCACACCCGUUGCUGACAGGUGUAUACAAUCCAGCACACAGCCAUACAAUCUCCAUAGACAAACAUUGGCAGUAGAAUAGCCCGUGCUGAAGAGCUCAGUGACUUUCAACAUGGCACUGUCAUAGGAUGUCAGUUUGUCAAAUUUCUGCCCUGCUAGAGCUAUAAGUGCUGUUAUUGUGAAGUGGAAAGGUCUAGGAGCAACAACGGCUUAGCCGAGAAGUGGUAGGCCACACAAGCUCACAGAAUGGGACCGCCGAGUGCAGAAGCACAUAACACGGAAAAAUCAUCUGUCUUCGGUUGCAACACUCACUACUGAGUUCCAAACUGCCUCUGAAAGCAACGUCAGCACAAUAACUGUUCAUCGGGAGCUUCAUGAAAUGGGUUUCCGUGGCCGAGCAGCCAGACAUAAGCCUAAGAUCACCAUGCGCAAUAUCAAGACUCGGCUGGAGUGUUGUAAAGCUCGCCACCAUUGGCCUCUGGAGCAGUGGAAACGCAUUCUCUGAAGUGAUGAAUCACACUUCACCAUCUGGUUGUCUGACAGACGAAUCUGGGUUUGGUGGAUGCCAAUAGAAUGCUACCUGCCCGAAUGCAAUGUGCCAACUCUAAAGUUUGGUGGAGGAGGAAUAAUGGUCUGGGGCUGUUUUUCAUGGUUCGGGCUAGGCCUCUUAGUUCCAGUGAAGGGAAAUCUUAACGUUUCAGCAUACAAUGACAUUCUAGACUAUUCUGUGCUUCCACUUUGUGGCAACCGUUUGGGGAAGGCCCUUUGCUGUUUCAGCAUGACAAUGUCCACGUGCACAAAGCGAUGUCCAUACAGAAAUGGUUUGUUGAGAUCGGUGUGGAAGAACUUGACUGGCAUGCACAGAGCCCUGACCUCAACCACACCAAACACCUUUGGGAUGAAUUGGAACGCCGACUGCGAGCCAGGCCUAAUCGCCCAUCAGUGCCCGACCUCACUAAUGCUCUUGUGACUGAGUGGAAGCAAGUCCCCGCAGCAAUGUUCCAACAUCUAGUGGAAAGCCUUCCCAGAAGAGUGGAGGCUGGUAUAGCAGCAAAUGGGGGGGACCAACUCCAUAUUAAUGCUCAUGAUUUCGGAAUGAGAUGUUCGACGAGCAGGUGUCCACCUACUUUUGGCCAUGUAGUGUAUCUGUGACCAACAGAUGCAUAUCUGUAUUCCCAGUCAUGUGAAAUCCAUAGAUUAGGGCCUAAUCAAUUGACUGAUUUCCUUAUAUGAACUGUAACUCAGUAAAAUCUUUGAAAUUGUUGCGUUCACAUUUUUGUUCAGUGUAGUUAGGAUUUUGUACGAAAAAUGUCACUUGACGGGUAGCUUAGCAGGUAGAGUAGUGAACUAUGGAACAUUCAGGGACGUGAGAGGUAUGAGGUCGAAUUAAGUUGAAUUGAUUUAUGUGAAACCACACUUUCAGCACUGUUGUUAAAAUAAUAUGUUAUAUUUAGUAUAGUCUGUGUUAAGCAUCCUAAAUAAUGUCAUAGAUACUGUUUUUGAAAGAUAGUAAACUUGUAGGUAAUAAGAGGAAGCGUGAUGUAAGAUGCAUACCUGUUAUUCCAACUGAUUAUAGGCUACUAUAGCCAGCGACUUACAAUUGCGUCAAGACGUUUUGAUGAAAACAGUGGAGAAAAAAACAUCUAUCUGAUAAUCACAAGCUGCUAUUUAUUGCUAACCAGCAGAUGUCACUUAUGUGCAUUGUGAACAGAAUGAAGCUCUGAGUAAUGAACCGUUUUUCUGCAUAAUUUGGUUAAAGCGCCGAAGCCUUCAGAAAGCGUUGGUUUCCAAUCACUACAACACUACCUGCAAGUCACAUUAUGAUGGCUUGCAAAGUGAUGUGCCAUUCCUAGUUAGGAUAUCCAACAGUUGACAUUUUUAUUCACAAAUUCAAAAUGACUGCCAGGGUUAGGAACAGUGGGAGGAGAUUACCUAAGCCAUUUAAACUUGAACAUCCAUUUCAGUAAAGGGUGCAAAAAUUCUAACUAAAUGACUGGAUUUGUUUAGAAAAAUGUAUGUUAUUUAUCUUUGUGUAGCAUAAGAUUAAUCAAUCACUCAAUGUACCUGCAAAAACACAGAUAUUAAAAACAAUCUUUAAAAAAUCCACCUGCAGUAGAACAAGCUAGGAAAAAAGUUAAUUUGUUAUCAUAACUUAACUUGACUUUGAGUUCAACUUACUAUAAUUAUUUGAUUUAAAAAUGCCUUGGUCUGUUAUAAUGUUUCAUAAAUGCUUAUAACAAGCAUUAUACCGGCUAUAUUUUACCUGCUAAAGUGGUAAAGUGUUACAAUGUGUUCCUUACCCUCCAUUUUGGCCAAUCAAUUAAAACCCAAUCCUAUCUUUAUGAACUGCAUGAACUCUUAUUGCUACCCAAAAGCGCACAGUUUCUUCAGCUUCUUCUUAAUUUUUUCCUUCAUAUCUUUUCUCUACCUUGACCCUCACUGUGUAAUUUUGUCUGUUUCAGGCAAGGCAGAGAGAGAAAAUGAAUGACGAACACAACAAACGCCUCUCGGAUACGGUGGACAAGCUACUGUCUGAGUCCAAUGAGCGACUGCAGCUUCACCUCAAAGAGAGAAUGGCUGCCCUUGAGGAGAAGGUACUAUAACGCUUUGUUAACCAUAUGCUAAAUGAAGCUAAUAUUGCCAUCAAUAAUCAGUAAGUAUUUUUGAUCAACACAAUAAACGGCAAACAUGAGUAAACUUGGCAUAAUCACUCCUCUACUCUUAUAGAAUGCACUGUCAGAGGAGUUAGCAAACAUGAAGAAAAUCCAAGAUGAUCUUCUAGCAAACAAGGUACAUAUCUUCCCCUUAUUGUAUCCAGUUCAUCAGAUUUCAAUAUAUACAUUGCUGCUGUACUUUACAUCUGUCGAUACAUGGAAUGAGGACAUCAGCAGGACUUUAUACUGAUUUAAAACUUUGGACUUACUCAGUGGUUGCCUUUAGGGCUAUACACUAACUUUUGCAAACCCUUUUUGGGAUACUAGGGUGGAUAGUUUACCCUCCCCGGUCUCAAUAUGUAAUUUAAUCUAUCAUCGCAAGGGUUUAUCUGUUUUGCUGCAAGAACUGGAGACCAGUCACACUGCUCUGCACUGAUAACAAUAUUUUGAUUUUGCUAACAGAAAAAUACUUCUGUGAUCUUGUAGUUCUGUCAGUUCUGUCUGUACUUUAGUUAUUCUUACCUGCUUCUGUAUCCGUUCUUUGUUUAGAUAUUUUAAUAGGGAAAUAGAUGCAUGUAAACAAGUAGGACGUUUUCUUUGCUGGAAUAUAAUGUCAUCCUGUACUGUGCUCCCAUCUCUCUCUCCCAGGACCAGCUCAUAGCCGAGCUGGAGAGGAUUCAGCUGGAGGUGGAUCAACUGAGGGGGAGGCCUGGCUCUUCCUAUUCCAGGUUAGCCACAAUGGAGCUUCAAGGGUAUUUAUAAAUACAUUUGAUAAAAGCAUUAAAUAAACAAAUUUGUUCUCUCGAGGGAACACUAAUCCACCACUUGUCAGAGGAUGAUGUUAUGAACACUUUACCCCUCCUAAAUGAUAGACUUUCUAAAUGUUUGUUUUAUAUUUUGCUAAGACGACCAAGGCAACGAGUUUAGAGCAGAGAUAUUAUCAAUAUGUUUUGCCCUAAUGCCCUCAAAACCAACAAAAAUAAUGGUUGAUGACAGGUCCCCGAACAGUCAAAAUCAUGUUUUUCAUUAAAUUGGAUGAUAUUUGGAUGAAACCAGAUAAAAGUAGGACGACCCAAGUAUGAAAAAUUACUAUUGCUUCUACACUACCAGUCAAAAGUUUGGACACAACAACUCAUUCAAGGGUUUUUCUUUAUUUGUAAAACAUUUUACAUUGUAAAAUAAAAGUGAAGACAUCAAAACUAUGAAAUAACACAUAUGGAAUCAUGUAGUAACCAAAAAAGUGUUAAACCAAUCAAAAUAUAUGUUACAUUUGAGAUUCUUCAAAUAGCCACCCUUUGCCUUGAUGACAGCUUUGCACACUAUUGGCACAAUCUCUCAACCAGCUUCAUGAGGUAGUCACCUGGAAUUCAUUUCAAUUAACAGGUGGGCCUUCUGUGUGAAUUUCUUUCCUUCUUAAUGUGUUUGAGCCAAUCAGUUGUGUUGUGACAAGGUGGGGGGGGGGGUAUACAGAAGAUAGCCCUAUUUCGUAACAGACCAAGUCCAUAUUAUGGCAAGAACAGCUCAAAUAAGCAAAGAGAAAUGACAGUCCAUCAUUACUUUAAGACAUGAAGGUCAGUCAAUACAGAACAUUUCAAGUGCAGUUGCAAAAACCAUCAAGCGCUAUGAUGAAACUGGCUCUCAUGAGGACCGCCACAGGAAUGGAAGACCCAGAGUUACCUCUGCUGCAGAGGAUAAGUUCAUUAGAGUUACCAGCCUCAGAAGUUGCAGCCCAAAUAAAAGCUUCACAGAGUUCAAGUUACAGACACAUCUCAACAUCAACUCUUCAGAGGGGACUGUGUGAAUCAGGCCUUCAUGGUUGAAUUGCUGCAAAGAAACCACUACUAAAGGACACCAAUAAUAAGAAGAGACCUGCUUGGGCCAAGAAACACAAGCAAUGGACAUUAGACCGGUGGAAAUGUGUCCUUUGGUCUGGAGUCCAAAUUGGAGAUUUUUGGUUCCAAACCGCCGUGUAUUUGUGAGACGCGGUGAGGGUGAAUGGAUGAUCUCCGCAAGUGUAUUUUCCACCGUAAAGCAUGGAGGACAAGGUGUUAUGGUGUGGGGGGGCUUUGCUGGUGACACUGUCUGUGAUUUAUUUAGAAUUCAAGGCACACUUAACCAGCAUGGCUACCAUAGAAUUCUGCAGCGAUACGCCAUCCCAUCUGGUUUGGGCUAAGUUGGACUAUCAUUUGUUUUUCAACAGGACAAUGACCCAACACACCUCCAGGCUGUUUAAGGGCUAUUUUACCAAGAAGGAGAGUGAUGGAGUGCUUCAUCAGAUGACCUGGGCUCCACAAUCCCCCGACCUCAACCCAAUUGAGAUGGUUUGGGAUGAGUCGGACGGCAGAGUGAAGGAAAGGCAGCCAACAAGUGCUCAGCAUAUGUGGGAACUGCACAUAUGUUGGAAAAGCAUUCCAGGUGAAGCUGGUUGAGAGAAUGUCAAAAGUGUGCAAAGCUGUCAUCAAGGCAAAGGGUGGAUAUUUGAAGAAUCUCAAAUAUAAAAUAUGUUUUGAUUUGUUUAACACUUUUUUGGUUACUACAUGAUUCCAUAUGUGUUAUUUCAUAGUUUUGAUGUUUUCACUGUACAUUGAUAAAAUUGUAUCAUAAAGUUACUAGUCCCCUCCCCUAUGUCAAACACUUGGAUUCAGGUGGCUGGAUUAUUAAGGGCUGUUUGUGACAUCACAAAAAUACUAAUUUGAAUACACCAAUGGGAAAGUCUUAUUCCCUUACCAAAUUUAAAUAAGUAGAGCCUUGUAAGCAACAUCGCAGAAGGCAUGUUCGCAGAGGGGCGUGGUUUACAUACAGUGCAUUUGGAAAGUAUUCAGACCCCUUGACUUUUUCCACAUUUUGUUAUGGUACGGCCUUAUUCUAAAAUUGAUUAAAUUAAUACUUUUCCUCAUCAAUAUACACACAAUACCCCAUAAUGACAAAGUGAAAGCAGGUUUUUAAAAAUGUUUGCACAUUUAUAGAAAAAAACUACAGAAACACCUUAUUUACAUAAGUAUUCAGACCCUUUGCUAUGAGACUUAAAAUUGAGCUCAGGUGCAUCCUGUUCCCAUUGAUCAUCCUUGAGAUGUUUCUACAACUUGAUUGGAGUCCACCUGUGGUAAAUUCAGUUGAUUGGACAUGAUUUGGAAAGGCACACACCUGUCUAAAUAAGGUCCCACAGUUGACAGUGCAUGUCAGAGCAAAAAAAAAGCCAUGAGGUGGAAGGAAUUGUCUGUAGAACUCUGAGACAGGAAUGUGUCGAGGCACAGAUUUGGGGAAGGGUAUAAAAAACCUUCUGCAGCAUUGAGGGUCCCCAAGAACACAGUGGCCUCCAUCAUUCUUAAAUAGAAGAAGUUUGGAGCUACCAAGACUAUUACAAGAGCUGGCCUCCUGGCCAAACUGAGCAAUCGGGAGAGAAUGGCCUUGAUCAUGGAGGUGAUCAAGAACCCGAUGGUCACUCUGACAGAGCUCCAGAGUUCCUCUGUGGAGAUGGGAGAAACUUCCAGAAGGCCAAUCAUCUCUGCAGCACUUCACCAAUCAGGCCUUUAUGGUAGAGUGGCCAGACGGAAGCCACUCCUCAGUAAACAAGAUUGUCUGGUCUGAUGAAUCCUUGAUUGAACUCUUUGACCUGAUGCCAAGCGUCACGUCUGGAGGAAACCUGGCACCAUCCCUACGGUGAAGCAUGGUGGUGGCAUCAUGAAGUGGGGAUGUUAUUCAGCGGCAGGGACUGGGAGACUAGUCAGGAUCGAAGGAAAGCUGAACAGAGCAAAGAACAGAGAGAUCCUUGAUGAAAACCUACUCCAGAGCACUCAGGACCUCAUACUGGGAUGAAGGUUCACCUUCCAACAGGACAACGACCCUAAGCACACAGCCAAGACAAUGCAGGAGUGGCUUCGGGACAAGUCUCUGAAUGUCCUUGAGUGGCCCAGCCAGAGCCCGGACUUGAACCCGAUUGAACAUCUCUUCUGGAGAGACCUGAAAAUAGCUGUGCAGCGACGCUCCACAUCCAACCUGACAGAGCUGGAGAGGAUCUGCAGAGAACAAUGGGAGAAACUCCCCAAAUACAGCUGUGCCAAGCUUGUAGAGUCAUACCCAAGAACACUCAAGGCAGUAAUCGCUGUUAAAGGUGCUUCAACAAAGUACUGAGUAAAGGGUCUGAAUACUUAUGUAAAUGUGAUAUUUCCAUUUUUUAUUUGUAAUACAUUUCUAAAUAUUUCUAAAAACCUGUUUUUGCUUUGUCAUUAUGGGGUAUUGUGUGUAGAUUGAUGAGAAAAAACACUAUUUAAUCCAUUUUAGAAUAAGGCUGUAACUUAACAAUAUGGGGAAAACGUUGAUUGUCUGAAUACUUUCCGAAUGCACUGUAGCUAGGUAGCUAGUCUACUGGUGGCAAAGUUUGACUGCAGUGUGACAGCAAAUAUAAUUAGAAGUAUCCCCUAUUCAUCUAAGGCAAAGACACUUAUAGGUUUCCGCUUUCAUCUGUGUCUGGUGUUAGUUAGUAACUGGCUAGCUAGGUCUUCAGCCAGCAUGGAACAAAAGUAGGGGAAGGAUUGCCCAAAACUCAGAUGCAGUUGUCAUGUCAUUAAAUCAAGAGAUAUGCCAAAUAGAAAAUUCAUACAAACUUCUUGACAUUAUUGAUAGUCAUGAUAUAUGAAUAUUGUCUGACAGUCUUUAAAUCAAAAUUACCCCAGGUGGCACCCUGUAUGGUUUCAGCUGAAAUUGUCCCAGAUGAACUAGCUAGCUAGCUUGAUAAACAGCCCUGACAAUUCCAUUUGGGCUAGCUAGCUAAAUGAAACAGUCAACAUUUUGACUAUAUUGAUGCUGUUACAGUAACCAAACAGGAUAAACAAAUCAUUUGUGAAACCGUGAUGUGAUGUAUGAAAGGAUUGGAUGUUGCAUGCAAUUUCAAUGUUGUUUGAGUUGCUUUGUGUAUCAGCAAAUUUGCUUGAGAUAAUCUCACUUGACAAAGGCAUUUUCAAAGAAUCGCCAGUCAAGGUGAGCUCCCCCCCACCCACUCAUCCUACUAGCUCCCCGCCCUCUCAGUCUGUAUUUCAGACUUUCUGGUAGUGUGACAUGAGAGAAAAAAUAGAUAUUAAAAUUUUGUAGCAUUUUUCUAUACAUAAAAAAUAUUAUGGGUGAUGUUUUAGUCACUCAAAAGGAUAAUUUACAUGGGAAUCAGAAUGACUGUUCCGGACCUUUAAGUUUACAUUGUUUUUCUCACUUUCUGUUAGUUGAGGUAGCAUUAGAUUUUGUUCUAAUGUAGUGUAACAAAUAAAGCAUGUAUUGUGAUUGAGGGUAAAAUGUCACAAUUUCACUCAAUUUACAAAUGUUAAAGUUUUUCAUUAAAAACGUGUAUUUUAUUCAGGAAAUGAGGUAAAUACAUUCUGAAAGAUGUGCUAUAACGAAUAAAGCCUUUUAUUUUCUCAUCUAACAAACUCAGUGGUCACCAAACUUUUUUUGAGCUGAGAUCACUUUCUGAGUUAAAAUGCAGGAUAAGAUCUACAGCACAGAUGUAUUUUUAUUUUUUACAUGACUUAAAAAACGUAAGCCUACGCAACACUAAUCUAUUAAAAACAGUUUUGUAGCAAUGAGGUUUGUGCAGUAGGCUAUAGGCCCAACACAUUAUCACUGCAUAUUGGCUAUGAUUGAAUUGCCCCACCAAUGUUGUUCUUCUCAAACCAUUUUCAAAUUAUAUUUAAAAACUUGAUGUAUAUGAUCACACUGGUAAUAGAUCAUUAUUUGUUGUAUUACUUGUGAGGCACAGCCAAGUGAGCAUACAUUGAAAUAAUUUGCAUUCUAUAUUUUACUGGACUGAUGAUGUCUGCAUCUGAUGGUCAGUCUCAGCGGAGGGAGAACAUCAGAGGUUCUGCCUCUCAUCAUUGGACCGUCCCUCAGCUCUCCCCCCUCCGCUAAGACUGACCAAAAAGGGGAAACCGUCUUUGAGCUGGUGGUGAAACUCGAGUCACACCACAUUAUACACAAAUUCUUGUUGUUACUCGUAUGACCAGAGAAAGUGAUAUAUUCCACGAUAUUAAAAAACACAGCCGCUAAUAAUAACACAGCAAGCCUAUCGAUACACUUUGCUACUCAUUCAUUGAAGCAGCAGUGCUGGUUGCAGCGCAAGUGGAGCCGCGCCUUUCAUUACUUAUAAAGUUUUGAAUGAAAAAUGUUGACAGUGCUGAAUGAAACUUUAACAUGAACUCACUCAUAAAAACAGAAUUGCUGUAUUCGUUGACAGUCUCUCUCUAGUCAUGGUUUUAGACGUUUUGAAAUCACAAUAUAAAUGAGAAAGCUAUAAGGUGCACUUGAUUUGCUCUCCGGGCACGCAGAGUAAGCAGUGUUUGUUCCUUCAGACACAUGAAAUGGUUCAAAAUGGGAAUACUUCGCCUACCCGGUGUUCAGGGCAGCUGAAACAAGUGCACCUACUGCCAACAGUGCAAGACAGAUAAAAGUAGGAAUGCAAGGCUUUAUUAUAGAAAUGUUUCUCGAUCAACCAGGAAUGCCUUGGAGAUCGACCAUUCUAUUGCCAUCGACUGUUUGUGACCACUGCUGUAGGGCGAGCAACGUGAGCUCACUUCCCUCCAACCUUUUUUUGAAGAUCUCUUUCAGGGAGUGCCUCGGAGCUCCGGUACCCCCAGGGUGGUGGCUCCCUCCCAGCCGGCUAUGGCAGCUCCUCCAGUGGCGUGGUAGUCCGGAGGGCACACCGCGGCCAAUGGGCUCCCCCCAGGGAUGAAAGCAACAUGGUGAGGAUCUCAUGGACUACCUAUAGUACUGGAGCUCCCUGGUAGCCUGGUCCCAUAACAUAUUGGCUAUAGCCAACUCCUAGAAAAGAAAGGCUGCACAUUUAAAUGGCUCUGAUGCAAUAAAUACCAACAUUUCAACAGCUUUGUUGUCUUAGUCAGGGUUUCAACUCCUGUCCCACAACAUACAGUCUAGGACCAGGCUUGCUCCCUCGGUGGUGCCUAAUUUUGUGUUUUAAUGAUUUAUGAUUGACUGAGUGACCUGUCACUCCUACACAUGGGGGCCAUUUUAAUAAUAAUAAUAAUAAUAUGCCAUUUAGCAGACGCUUUUAUCCAAAGCGACUUACAGUCAUGCGUGCAUACAUUUUUGUGUAUGGGUGGUCCCGGGGAUCGAACCCACUACCUAUUUUGUUUGAGUCUUAAUUUGACAUGCAAGGAUAAAAGUAGACUGUAAGACAUUUCUGUAAUUUCAACAGUAAAAAACUGUUGAAUGUACAGUAAAAUACCAUGUGUUUUACAGAAUUAAUUAUGGGAAAAUGUUGUGGGCGAGGAAAGAGUUUCUGGUUCAUUAACAUAUUUUAAGGCGUGCCUUGUAAGAGGCACCCAUGAGUGAGAACGCUGUACCCCCACAAAAUACAGUAAUAUACUGUAUUAGAAGAGUUUCUACAAACCUUUUCCUCUGCAGUAACUUACUGGCUAAUUGCUACCAGUAAUUUACUGUAAUUCAGAAUACAGGAUCAUACUGUAUUUUUGGAGCUCCAAAAACCUUUUGAACACUAGUGGGUGCAUGGUUUGUUGUUUCUGACUCAUUAACAUAUUUUGAGGUGUGUCUUGUAAGAGGCUGUAUUUGUUGCACCCGUUAGUGAGAGUCACAUACCAAUUUAAAUGAUAUGUGGUAGUAGUUCCCUAACAAUUAAAUGUAUAUAGGGGACAGAUCAGAGUGGCAGUGGGUUUUAAACCUUUAAUGGUUGAAUAUUUAACUAUGUCCAUUUGAUCUAUUUUGCCCUGUAAUCAUUCCAGUUAUGAAGCCUUUGUUCCCUCUAGAAUUGCAAGUGAUGUAAAACUAGUAAUGGGGAACCAAAGCUUCCUGAAGCAUCGUGCAUUUUCAGCAAAUUGUGUCAAAAAUAGGUUCAUUACUCAAGGCUUUGAUCAACACAGUGUACACUAGUGGCACCUGCUGGUCAAAAUAAUUUAGAGCAGCCUAAUUAUUAUAGAUGACUUCGCACACGCUGUGGCGCGUGUGCAUGGUAGCCUUUUGUCUUCUACCGAAACCAAUACCAAACUAAUCAGGUGGUUGUUCGACAAAACGACGCUUCGGACGUCAUUGAUCACAUGCUUCUGAUAAAGUGAUACAAGCAUCGGCACACUGUUUCAAAGCAAACUGCUUAGCGAUUUUGACACAUGCCUCAGAGCUCCGCUAUCAAACGUAACAUUACUAUAUAAAACACCUAGUAUUCAUUAAUAUGCUGUAAUAUACAAAUGCCUAGCAGCCAACCUGCUUGAUCCAAUCCCUUGUAAUUGCAGUAAAAUACUGUAAAAAUAACUUUGUUACAGUCUAUUAGUCAGUUUUACAGUAUUGUACAGUUUUUCAUUGCUUUGGACAUUAUAGUAAUUUACAGGAAGCUGGCAUCAAAUUACCGUGAAUAUCUCAGUAAUGUAUUGUCACUAUCCAGAGAUAGUCAGAGAUACAGUAUAUCAUAAGAUAUUUUGUUUUAAUAACAAUUAUUCUGAAGAUCAGUGAAUCCUUAACUACAUUUUCAGUAACAGUUACAGAAACGUUUUACUUGCUAUGACUGUGUUUAUUUUUUAUCAACUUUGGUUGAAAACACUGACUGUACGUUUCUAAGGACAAGAGUGUCCGCUAAAUGACCAAAAUGUAAAGGUAAAUGUAAAAAUGAAAACCUGCAAAGAACACUGGUUAAUAUGUCACUGGGUAAUUACAGUAAUAUGCUUUAAUUGUAAUUGGUACUGUAAAUUAGAUUACAAUAACUGACUUGGUACUGUAAAUUAGAUUACAGUAAUAUUUGUGAAUAUGUCAAAUGGAUUACAGUAGCUGUACUUCAAAAUAAAGUACAGGAGCUUACUGGCCAAUUGCUACCAGUAUAUUACUGCAGGGUUUCCUAAACUCGGUCCUCGGGCCCCCCUUUGGGUGCACAUUUUAGUUUUUGCCCUAGCACUACACAGCGGAUUCAAAUAACCAACUCAUCAUCAAGCUUUGAUUAUUUGAAUCAGCUGUGUUAUUCAAUGGGCAAAAACCAAAAUGUGCGCCCAAGGGGGGCCCCAGGACCGAGUUUGGGAAACCCUGUCUUACUGUACAUUUUACAGGAAAUGUUUUACAGUGUAGCUAACAGCAUUCCAAGUCAUGUCUCUACUUUUCUCUUCUUUCUUUCUUUCUUUCUUUCUUUCUUUCUUUCUUUCUUUCUUUCUUUCUUUCUUUCUUUCUUUCUUUCUUUCUUUCUUUCUUUCUUUCUUUCUUUCUUUCUUUCUUUCUUUCCUCCUCUGUCUCUCUGCAGUAUGGAGAGUGGAACAGUGGCACCAUGCUGGGUCCCAGGUUUGAGGGGGGAGCUGAGGGGGGCUGUUCGGACGACGAGGAGGACAGGGAGACCCUGUUUGGGUCGGAGCUGCUCUCGCCCAGCGGACAGACGGACGUGCAGACCCUCGCCAUCAUGCUGCAGGAGCAACUGGAGGCCAUCAACAAGGAGAUAAAGUAAGUCUUCCGAUACACCGCAAACAGGAAUGCUGGGUUUGACUGAAUUCCUAACGGACCUAAAAUUGCCUAAGAAAUACCUCAAUACCUCAAUAAAACACUCUUACUAUAUCCUCUGUCCAAUUCAGUGGGUGAUCCAGAGGUCAAUUGGGCACACAAAACCCCCACAAUAUCUAAAAUCGACAUCUCUUUGCUUUUCUACUCUGCUUUGUCCAAAGCAGGUGUGAUACAGAUAGAAAAACUCACACUCUUUACGCAAUCCAGAGGUUUGCAUAUUAUAAAGGAGUGAUACCACAAACAUGUAUUCCUCAUCUCAUUGCGGCUAUCCUCAGCUUAGUAGUAAAAUCAGGAGUAAUUUUCCUAAUUUUCUCCCCUCUCCUUCUCUCCCUCUUUUUCUUCUCCUCUUUGCUCCUUUCCUCACCUCUCCAAUGCCCUCCACUUGCCCCCCUCUGUCUCAUCACUCUUCCUCUCCCCCCUUUCUCCUCUCCUCCCUCUUUGCCACUCUCCUCUCCUCUCAGGCUAAUCCAGGAGGAGAAGGAGAGCACUGAGCUGAGGGCGGAGGAGAUCGCGAGCCGGGUGAGCAGCGUGGCCAUGGACUCCAACCCUCUCCCCCCCUCCUCGCUAGGCGGGGGCAGGGACAGUGUGGGGAGGGGCUACAUGACCCCCUCCCUCACUUCCUCCACCCUGGCCUCCCCGUCUCCCCCCAGCUCUGGACAUUCCACCCCCCGACACUCACAUUCCCCUGCCCGAGAGUCAGAUAGACAGGUAUAGUACCGUACUGCUGGUGGCUAUCUGUGUUUGGACACAUCUAGCAUUUCAAUGUGCGCUUCUUGGUUGUUGCUCCCCAACGGGUAAGGCUAGUUGAAAUGACAUCAAAAUGUCAGUUUACAAUCAGAACUGGUUGUAACCUAGUUGUAACAUCAUUUCAACUAAUUUUGCCCGCUGGGUAAAGGAGCUUCUUCUUAAUGUCUACACUGUGUUUGAUUGUGUUUGUUUGUGUGAUUGGUCUUCUAAAUAUAUUCUCAUGCGGCAGCAUGAGAAAAACACAGUGUGGUAUUAUUGUUGCUGCAGGUCUCAAGUGUACUGUGACUUAAACGAGCUGAAUUGUUUACAGUACAACAAAUACAUAGAAUGUUCUAUUGUGAUUUAAAUGGAUGGAACAGUUUAUAGGGUUCCAAAUGAAUUAAACUAGCGAAGUUACUUGAAUGAACACAUCUUCCUACAGCAAUUAAAAUGGAUUAGUUGUCUACAGUGACUCAAUUGAACUGAUUCUCUGUCAAUACAGAACAGCAAAGAGAGCGACGACUGCCGGGCGCUAGCCCUGAUUGACUCUACCCCUCCUCCAGUUCCUCGCGCUCUGCGAUUGGACAGAAUGACUCACACACACCCAGGGGCGGGGCUGGAUGAUCACCGCGAAUUCCGCAGGUACAGAAAUUACUUUAGUCUACAUUGUGUGGUGUUUGUGUGUUUUCUGGGAAGCUAGGUAAUAUAAUUGACUCCCUGUUGAAAUAAAGACAAAAUAAUAUAAAUUAAAUAAUAGCUAGCCAAUAGAAUGGAUUUAAAAUAGACUAGAUUACCAACUAGUUCAGUGACCCUCAUGUAAUGAUGUGUCACCAGUGAUGUUCUGAGAUGAAUUUGUCAGUCUGUCUGCUGAUGGUGCAACCACCAGUAGUCAGGACUCUCUCCAAAAAGCCAGCAAGAAGAAGAGCAUCAAGUCCUCCAUUGGACGCCUGUUUGGAAAGAAGGAGAAAGGGAGGAUCGGAGGACCUGGAAGUCAGUCUGCCUCUCUAGGUAAGUCAAUAUAGAGGGUUAACAAUGUGUGUGGUAUGAGGGUUUGAAACAAUGUAAGGUUGCCUGCAAACUUAUACAGUAUACACUAAUAUACACGAUUAUACGCAAUAUAACAGUAAUAUAAUUGACCCUAAAGAACAUAUAUACAAAAAGGGCAGCUACUUUCACAGUUUUAAUAAGAGAAACUGAUGGCAAAACUGAUUUUCCAGUAAUCAUGUGGAGUAUUCCUAGACAAGGGCUCUCCAACCUUGUUCCUGGAGAGCUACCAUCCUAUAGGGUAGCUCUCCAGGAACAGGGAUGGUGAGCCCUGUCCUAGACAGAGGGGGUUUAAGCCAGUGUCAAACUCAUUCAUUCCAUGGAGGGCCUAGUGUCUGCAGGUUUUCGGUUUUUCCUUUCAAUUAAGCCCUAGACAACCAGGUGUGGGGAGUUCCUUACCAAUUAGUAACCUUAAUUCAUCAAUCAAGUACGAGGGAGGAGUGAAAACCCGCAGACACUCUGCCCUCCGUGGAAUGAGUUUGACACCUGUGGUUUAAGCAGUGUCUCACAUGACCUUUGACCCCAGCCUCCACACCCUCUGAUGACCUGGGAUCAGCCGACCCCCUGGGCCUGGCCAAGAUGGGAACUGGCACCGUGGAGAAAGAUCGCCGCAGCAAGAAGAAGCAUGACCUGCUAGAAGAAGCCUGUCGUCAGGGUCUUCCCUUUGCCUCAUGGGAUGGCCCCACUGUGGUCACAUGGCUUGAGGUACGUUGUCUCAUUGGUUAACUAUCUGGGAGGAAAUCAUUAAUGAUGUGCAAUUUUACCUGAAGGUGCUCCAUCCAACUAUGAAUGAAUCUGAAUAACGUACAUGAUGAACAUAUUCUUCAAUUCAAUUCAGCCUUAUUGGCACGUAAUAUGUGUGUAAAUAUUCCCAAUGCAUCUUCUCUCUGUCUCCCUCCAAUUCCUCUUAGUUGUGGGUGGGCAUGCCCGCCUGGUAUGUGGCGGCGUGUCGUGCCAAUGUGAAGAGCGGUGCCAUCAUGGCCAACCUGUCGGACACAGAGAUCCAGCGGGAGAUUGGCAUCAGUAACCCCCUGCACCGCCUUAAACUGCGCCUGGCCAUCCAGGAGAUGGUGUCCCUCACCAGCCCCUCGGCACCGGCCAGCACACGCUCUGUAAGUGAUACAGCAUAUACACGUAAUAACCUGCACACAAACAUUAGCAUAUGUUCAGUAACACAUCCAGAAGUUUAAAAAUGUCUGAGUGAAAAUGUAUUCAAACUGUAAUCCUUUAUUAUUUUCCCAUCUCAAUCUGAAAUUGUCCUCGAUGACAUCACAGUCGACCAGUAAUAUCUGGAUGACUCAUGCAGAAAUGGAGUCACUGACCUCUGCCAUAAAACCAGUAAGCUGUUUUGCUGAUCUCUCUAUUUUGUAUUUGCUUGAAGUUCUCCUACAAAGUAUCUUAUUUCAAAAGUGAUUAAAUCUAUGUUUGACAUUUUGUGCAACUCAAUUAUCUAACGGUAGUGUAUUAAUUCCAAACUGUAUAAGAAUUGAUGGUACACAUCUAACUUGCUUAAAAUCAUCAAGCAACUUGAGACUAUGCUGAAUGAAAUGCCAUUUAUGAUUUGUUUUCUUUGUCUUUCUCUCUGAUUAGGCAUAUAUUUGCUGCACCUUUCCCCCACUACUCCCCCAAUUUGUCUUUGAAUGUAGUGCUUCUCCAACUAAUUUUCCUUCACUAACAAACUAUUCCUCCUUCUGCCCCUCCUUCCUUACAUCCUCUCCUCUCUAUAAUGCAUCCUGCCAUUUACCGUUCUGGCAAUCGUUCCUUCUCCCUCUCCCUCCAUAUCUAUCCUGUUUUCUCUCUUUCCCUUUCCUUUGCCUCCACUGAAGGAAGUGAAGGAGUUCAGCUGGGACCAGGUGAGUUGUUGUUUUUGUCAUUAAUAUUACUGUCAUCAUCAGCAAAAUGAUAUCAAUGAUAUCACAUUGCAAACAGAUCAUAAAUCCCAUCCCAAACCUGGAAAUGUUCCUUUCAAUUAUUUUACAGACUUUUUGUCCGCUUCAAAUUAACUUUCCUCUUUACUCAGGACCGGGAUUGAGGUCAACUCUAUCUGUCGAUCUAUCUCAGAGAAGAUGUUGGAAGGAAAUAUAGGACAUUUAAAUAAAUUGUCUCUCAGAGGACAUUCACUGUCUCAUGCUCUCUCUUACCCACUUUUUCUCUCGUUUCUAUAUCCCACCUCCCUCCCUCCUUCCCCCCUAUGUUUUGUAUCCCAACACGCCUUCUCUCUCUACUUCUCUCUCCCUCCCUCUUCCCCCCAUCUAGAUCCUGGCCUACGGGGACAUGAAUCAUGAGUGGGUAGGGAACGAGUGGCUGCCCAGCCUGGGUCUGCCCCAGUACCGUUCCUACUUCAUGGAGUCCCUGGUGGACGCUCGCAUGCUGGACCACCUCACCAAGAAGGAGCUUAGAGGACAGCUCAAAAUGGUGGACAGCUUCCACAGGUUGGAUUCAAAUAGUUUCAAUCAAUCUUUACUGUCAUCGAAGGGCAAUCUGUGUAUGGAAGCAUAUUUAUGCCAAAAUCUUGGUGUUGAUUUGGUACAAAUCUGCUUCCUUAAUUUGUGUGCUGCAUGAAAACAUAAAGGAAAAUACUGAUCAUAAACAGCAAAGAUGAGUAGUGGGAUGGGAAUAUUAAAUGUACAAUACCAAAGGGCAUCUUGUCUAGUGUCCUCUGCUUAGUUACAUAUAUCAGUGGUUUUUACAUAUACAGUGAGCACCAUAAUUCAUUGGACAGUGACCAUUUUUUUGUUAUUUUGGUUCUGUACUCUAGCACUUUGAGUUUGAAAGGAUACAAUGACAAUGAGGGUUAAGUGCAGACUGUCAGCUUUAAUUUGAGGGUAUUUUCAUACAUAUCGGAUGAACCGUUUAGAAAUUCUACAAGCUUUUGUACAUGGUCCCCCCAAUUUUCGGGCAUCAAAAAACAUUGGACAGUUUAACAUAAUGUAGAAUAAAGUAAUCAUUGUUAAUAUUUGGUCGCAUAUCCUUUGCAUGCAAUGACUGCUUGAAGUCUGCGAUGCAUCGACAUCACCAGACGCUGGGUAUCUUCCCUGGUGAUGCUCUGCCAGGCCUGUACUGCAGCCAUCUUCAGUUCCUGCUUGUUUCUGGGACUUAUUGCCUUCAGUCUCCUCUUAAGCAUGUAAAAUGCAUGUUCAAUUGGAUUCCGAUCCGGUGAUUGACUCGGCCAGUCAAGGAUUUUCCACUUUUUGGCCAUCAAAAACCCCUUUGUUGCUCUAGCAGUAUGUUUAGGAUCAUUGUCUUGUUGCAUGAUGACGUGCCGUCCAAUGAGUUUGGAGGCGUUUGGUUUUAUCUGAGCAGAUAAAAUAUUUCUGUAGACUUCAGCAUUCAUUGUUCUACUUCUGUCUGCAGUCACAUCAUCGAUGAAGACAAGUGAGCCUGUUCCACUGGCAACCAUACAGGCCCAAGACAUAACACCCCCUCCACCAUGUUUCACGGAUGAGGUGGUAUGCUUUGGAUCAUGGGCAUUUAUUUAUUUUUCUCCACACUUUCCUCUUUCAAUCACUCUGGUACAUGUUCAUCUUUGUUACAUCUGUCCACAAUACUUUUUUCCAGAACUCUUGGUGCUCUUAUAGGUGCUUUUUAGCAAACUAUAAUCUCGCCUUUCUGUUAUUCAGGCUUAUCAGUGGUUUGCAUCUUGUAGUGUACCCUCUGUAGUCCUGCUGGUGUAGUCUUCUACGUAUGGUAGACUUUGACACAUCUACACCUGCAUCCAGGAGAGUGUUUUUGAUCUGUUGGGCUGUUGUCAGGGGGGUUUUCUUCACCAUAGAGAGUAUUCUCCGGUCAUCCACUACAGUGGUCUUCCUCGGUCUACCGGGUCUUUUGACAUAAUUGAGUUUACCGGUUGUUUUUUUCUUGUUAAUGAUGAACCAAACUGUUGACUUGGGCAUGGCCAGGGUUUUUGCAAUGUUCCUGAUUGAUUGAUUUUCAUUUCUGAGCCUUAUGACGGCCAGCUUCAUUUGCAUCGACACUGCUGUCUUCCUCAUGUUGUCACACCCCAGGCUUGUUGCUCGUCGACUUGUCCAUAGGCCUCCCGCACGUACACUCUUCUAACUUAGCCUGCCGAAGAUGUCCUCCAAAGGCAAUAGCAAAGUCUAGAAUCAAUACUAUUCAUCAACAGCUCUCCUGCAUUCACUAACGAAAUAAAUGAAUAUACCUGGCUAACGACACAUCUGUGAAGCCAAUUUAACAAAUACUUGUAGUACCUUAAAAUGGGAGGACCAUGUACAAAAGGUGCUGUCAUUUCUAAACGGUUCAUCCGAUAUGUAUGAAAAUACCCUCAAAUUAAAGCUGACAGUCUGCACUUCACCCUCAUUGUCAUUGUAUCCUUUCAAACUCAAAGUGCUAGUGUACAGAACCAAAAUAAAUAAAUAAAAUGUUCACUGUCCAAUGAAUAUUUCUUAUCAUCAUCUCUUUUAUUCCUCUUCUCUAGAGUAUAAGGGGUUGGUUGUCACACAUUUUACUGUUGUGUGUAUUUCUCAGCACCAGUAGACUCUAUAUAUACAAAAGUAUGUGGACACCUCUCAAGUUAGUGGAUUCAGCUAUUUCAGCCACAGGUUUCUAAAAUCGAGCACACAGCCAUGCAAUCUCCAUAGACAAACAUUGGCAGUAGAAUGGCCUUACUGAAGAGCUCAGUGACUUUCAACGUGGCACCGUCAUAGGAUGUUCGUCAAAUUUCUGCACUGCUAGAGCUACCCCGGUCAACUGUAAGUGCUGUUAUUUGUGAAGUUGAAAUGUCUAGGAGCAACAAAGGCUUAGCCGUGAAGUGAUAGGCCACACAAGCUCACAGAACGGGACCGCCGAGUGCUGAAGCGCGCAACGCGUAAAAAUCGUCUGUCCUCGGUUGCAACACUCACUACCGAGUUCCAAACUGCAUCUGGAAGCAACGUCAGCACAAUAACUGUUUGUCAAGGGCUUCAUGAAAUGGGUUUCCAUGGCCAAGCCUCACCAUGCACAAUGCCAUGCGUCUGCUGGAGUUGUGUAAAGCUCACCGCCAUUGGACUCUGGAGCAGCUGUUUUUCAUGUUUUGGGCUAGGCCCCUUAGUUCCAGUGAAGGGAAAUCUUAACUCUACAGUAUACAAUGACAUUCUAGACGAUUCUGUGCUUCGAACUUUGUGGCAACAGUUUGGGGAAGGCCCUUUCCUGUUUUAGCAUGACAAUGCCCCCGUGCACAAAGCGAGGUCCAAACAGAAAUGGUUUGUCGAGAUCUGUGUGGAAGAACAUGACUGGCCUGCACAGAGCCCUGACCUCAACCGCAUCGAACACCUUUGGGAUGAAUUGGAACGCCGACUGUGAGCCAGGCCUAAUCACCCAACAUCAGUGCCCGACCUCACUAAUGCUCUUGUGGCUGAAUGGAAGCAAGUCCCCGCAGCAAUGUUCCAACAUCUAAUGGAAAGCCUUCCCAGAAGAGUGGAGGGUGUUAUACCAGCAAUGGGGGGACCAACUCCAUAUUAAUGACCAUGAUUUUGAAAUGAGAUGUUCGAUGAGCAGGUGUCCACAUACUUUUGGUUAUGUAGUGUAUCUUACAAUGCUUUUUCAAUAUUAGGAGAAAGACUUGAAAUGUGGACCAUUUUUAUCCUCAUAUCUUAUUCCAUAAGCCAUCAAACACACUUUGUCCACUUGUGACAACCAUGGAUGUCAUACAGUAUGGGUUUGGUUGUUUGCUAGUAGCGUAUUCCUUUUGUAACAGGAAAUGAAGCAAUAUAGCAUACAGAAUCUUACAAAUAGCCUUUCUUUGAUCGAACGAUAUUCCUAUCAAAAUUCAGAAUUUUAGGCCGUAAGAAUAACAAAUUACCUUUUUAGUAAAUUUGUGAAUGUUUGCACAUGUGGGUGUGCAUGUGUGGGUGUGUGACAGAAACAAAUACAGGAAACAAAGGGAGCUCUUUAUAGCACAUGGAGUUGAUAGUGACAACCAACCCCAUAUUCCACGUGACAACUAUCUGUCACUUUACCGAUGUGGAUGUGGUGGAGGAGUCAAGCGCAGGAAACAGAGGUUAGUCCAACAAGACUUUAAUAGUCUAAAUAACACGAGUAGAAAACCCCGACCUCGAAAAAUACACGAAGUGGCGAGGGAAAAUUACGCACACGCGUAAAACACUAAACAUGAAACACAACGGAAAACAAGCACGUAGCAUAGACAAAGUGCCAACAAAAUAACAACACACAAUUACCCUAGAGCAAAACAAGGAACUUAUAAGACACGUAAUCAACACCCAAACAGACACAGGUGUGACAGACAGACAAAAGCAAUCAACUACAGAAACAUAGAGCGGUGGCAGCUAGUACUCCGGGGACGGCGAGCGCCGAAGCCUGCCCGAACCAGGAGGAGGAGCAGCCUCGGCCGAAACCGUGACAGUACCCCCGGAGCCGCGCGCCGACCCCGGCCUCGGGGACGGCCAGGAGGACGCGGACCCGGGCGCGUGGGAUGCCCACGGUGAAACUCAGUCAGGAGGGAUGGAUCGAGUAUGUCCCUCCUGGGCACCCAGCACCGUUCCUCCGGACCGUACCCCUCCCACUCCACGAGAUACUGGAGACCACUCCUCCGGCGCCUCGAGUCCAAGAUGGUCCGGACCCUGUACGCCGGGGCCCCCUCGAUGUCCAAAGGGGGCGGAGGGGUCUCUCCUAUCUCAUCUUCUUGGAGUGGGCCAGCUACCACCGGCCUGAGAAGAGACACAUGGAACGAGGGGUUAAUAUUUUUAUACUCAAUUGGCAGUUGUAACCUGUAACACACCUCGUUCAAUCUUCUCAGGACUUUGAAGGGCCCCACAAACCUCCGACCCAGCUUCCGGCAGGGCAGGCGGAGGGGCAGGUUUCGAGUCGAGAGCCAGACUCGAUCUCCCGGUGCGUACACCGGUCCCUCACUGCGGUGGCGAUCGGCGCUCGCCUUUUGUUGACGGAUGGCACGCUGCAGAUGGACAUGGGCAGCGUCCCACGUCUCCUCCGAGCGCCGAAUCCACUCUUCCACCGCAGGGGCCUCGAUCUGGCUCUCGUGCCACGGUGCCAGGACCGGCUGAUAACCUAAAACACACUGGAAAGGUGUUAAGUUGGUGGAGGAGUGGCGGAGAGAGUUCUGGGCCAUCUCUGCCCAGGGGAUGAACCUCGACCACUCCUCCGGCCGGUCCCGGCAAUAGGACCUCAAAAACCUACCCACAUCCUGGUUGACACGUUCCACCUGCCCAUUACUCUCUGGGUGGUACCCCGAGGUAAGGCUUACCGAGACCCCCAACCGUUCCAUGAACGCUCCCCAAACUCUGGAAGUGAACUGGGGACCUCGGUCAGACACAAUAUCCUCGGGGACCCCAUAGUGCCGGAACACAUGGGUAAAUAGGGCCUCAGCGGUUUGUAGGGCAGUAGGGAGACCCAGCAUGGGAAGGAGACGACAGGCCUUGGAAAACCGAUCCACAACGACCAAUAUGGUGGUAUUCCCCUGGGAGGGGGGUAGGUCUGUUACGAAAUCCACCGAUAGGUGGGACCAUGGUCGUUGUGGAACGGGCAGGGGAUGUAGCUUACCCCUGGGCAAAUGUCUAGGUGCCUUACACUGGGCACACACCGAGCAGGAGGAGACAUAAACCCUCACAUCCCUAGCUAACGUUGGCCACCAGUAUUUCAUGCUAAGACAGUGCACGGUCCGGCCAAUACCUGGAUGUCCAGAGGAGGGUGAUGUAUGAGCCCAAUAAAUAAGACGAUCACGGACCUCGAGCUGAACGUACGUCCGCCCCACAGGACACUCGGGGGGAGUAGGGUCGGUACGCAGUGCCCGCUCGAUUUCCGCAUCGACCUCCCAUACCACCGGAGCCACCAAACAAGAUUCCGGCAAUAUGGAAGUAGGCUCGUUGGACCUCUCCUCCGUGUCAUACCGCCAGGACAGGGCGUCUGCCUUACCAUUCUGGGACCCUGGGAUGUAUGUGAUCUUAAAAACAAACCGGGUUAGGAACAUAUUCCACCUAGCCUGACGAGGGUUCAAUCUCCUAGCUGCCCGGAUGUACUCCAGGUUACGGUGAUCAGUCAGAAUGAGGAAAGGGUGUUGAGCCCCCUCAAGCCAAUGCCUCCACACCUUUAGGGCUUGGACUACGGCUAACAGCUCCCUGUCCCCAACAUCAUAGUUGCGCUCCGCCGAGCUGAGCUUCUUAGAGUAGAAAGCACAGGGGCGGAGUUUAGGUGGCGCGCCGGACCGUUGUGACAGGACUGCCCCAAUACCGGUCUCGGACGCGUCUACCUCAACCUGGAAUGGUAAAGAGGGAUCCGGAUGCGCCAGCACCGGAGCCGAGGUGAACAGGUUCUUCAGUUUGACAAAUGCCCUGUCCGCCUCAGCCGACCACUGCAAACGAACCGGACCCCCCUUUAGCAGGGACGUAAUGGGAGCUGCAACCUGUCCAAAACCCCAAAUAAACCUCCGGUAGUAAUUAGCAAAACCCAAGAACUGCUGCACCUCUUUUACAGUGGUUGGAGUUUGCCAAUUACGCACGGCCGAUACCCGGUCUACCUCUAUCUCCACACCAGACGCGGACAACCGAUAACCCAAAAAGGAGACGGACUCCUGGAAGAACAGGCAUUUCUCUGCCUUGACAUACAAGUCAUGCUCCAACAGUCUUCUCAACACUCGGCGCACCUGGGCUACAUGCUCGGCUCGAGUAGCAGAGUACACUAGGAUGUCGUCGAUGUAAACUACUACCCCCCUGCCCAUGCAUGUCCCGGAAAAUCUCGUCAACAAAGGAUUGGAAGACUGAAGGAGCAUUCAUUAACCCGUAUGGCAUGACGAGAUACUCGUAAUGACCCGAGGUGGUGCUAAAUGCUGUCUUCCAUUCAUCCCCCUCCCUAAUGCGCACCAGAUUGUACGCGCUCCUGAGAUCCAACUUUGUGAAGAACCGCGCUCUGCGUAAUGAUUCCGUCAUCGUCGCAAUCAGUGGAAGUGGGUAGCUGUAUUUAACUGUGAUCUGAUUGAGACUACGAUAAUCAAUACACGGGCGCAAUCCCCCGUCCUUCUUCUUCACAAAGAAGAAACUCGAGGAGACUGGGGAAGUAGAGGACCGUAUGUAUCCCUGUGCCAAGGACUCGGCUAUGUAUGUCUCCAUAGCCGCUGUUUCCUCUUGAGACAGGGGAUACACAUGACUCCGUGGAAGAGCCGCUCCUGUUUGGAGAUUUAUCGCACAGUCCCCCUGUCUAUGAGGAGGUAGCCGUGUUGCCCUCGAUUUGCUAAACACGAGUGCUAAAUCCUCAUACUCGGGGGGAAUGCGCAGUGCGGGCACUUGGUUCGGACUCUCUACCGAGGUCGCCCCUACGGAAACACCUAGACAUCUCCCUACACACUGGGCAGACCACUCCAUAAGAGCCCUCUGUUGCCACGCUAUGGUAGGAUCAUGGGUGCUUAACCAGGGAAGGCCCAACACCACGGGGUACGAAGGAGAGUCAAUCAGAUAAAACUGAAUGAUCUCCUCAUGACCCCCCUGCGUCGUCAUCGUCAGUGGCGCUGUGACCUCCCUGAUCAGGCCCGACCCCAACGGCCGGCUGUCUAAGGCGUGGACAGGAAAUGGAGCUUCUACCGGCCGAAGGGGAAUUCCUAACCUACUACAAAAUGCCCGAUCAAUAAAGUUCCCAGCUGCGCCUGAAUCUACUAGCGCCUUAUGCUGGGAAUGAGGUGCCACCUGUGGAAACCUCACAGGAAUACUCAUGUGACCAAAAGAGAGCUCUGGGUAAGUGGGGCGCCUACUCACCUGAAAUGACUCCCCAGUGCGUGGCCUGUUGUCACCUCUCCCAGGAGACCCUCCCCAGCACCUGGCCGCAGUGUGUCCUCCACGACCGCAGGUGGUGCAGGGGAUGGCCCCUCUCGGGUUCCCUCUCCUCCUCUCUCUAGCGCCAGCACCCCCGAGCUCCAUGGGAAUCGGCUCGGGGGUGCUGGAGGGUGGACUGGAUGACCCCCACUCGGGAAGUCCGCGGGUAGCCAGCAGGGUGUCCAGACGGAUGGAAAUGUCCACCAACUGGUCAAACGACAGGUUGGUGUCCCUGCAGGCCAGCUCCCGACGAACGUCCUCUCGUAGACUACACCGGUACUGGUCGAUGAGGGCCCUCUCAUUCCACCCCGCAUCCGCCGCUAGUGUCCGAAACUCCAGUGCGAACUCCUGUGCGCUCCUCUUCCCCUGUCUGAGGUGGAAUAGACGCUCUCCCGCCGCUUUCCCCUCAGGUGGAUGAUCGAAGACAGCCCUGAAGCGGCGGGAGAACUCCGCGUAGGUGAUGGUUGCGGCGUCUAUUCCCCUCCAUUCGGCGUUGGCCCACUCCAACGCCUUGCCGGAGAGACAGGAGAUGAGGGCGGAGACGCUCUCGUAUCCCGAGGGCGCCGGGUGUAUGGUGGCAAGGUAAAGUUCCACCUGCAGAAGGAAUCCCUGACACCCGGCUGCAGAACCGUCAUAUGCCCUCGGGAGCGAGAGCCGAAUGCCACUGGGUUCCGGUGCUGAGAGAGGAGGACUGGCCGUUGGUGAUGAGUUGUUGUAAGGGUCCUUGGCCACCUCUUGAUUCACCAAUCGGCACAGAGUGUUGGACACCUCGUCCAUGGCGGUCCCGAGUUGCCGGAUCAUGGCGUCCUGGAAGUUGAUCCGGUCCAGCAGGGAUUCGGGUGCCGCCGCUGUUCCUGCUGACUCCAUGAUGGUGUGUUGUUCUGUCACUUUACCGAUGUGGAUGUGGUGGAGGAGUCAAGCGCAGGAAACAGAGGUUAGUCCAACAAGACUUUAAUAGUCUAAAUAACACGAGUAGAAAACCCCGACCUCGAAAAAUACACGAAGUGGCGAGGGAAAAUUACGCACACGCGUAAAACACUAAACAUGAAACACAACGGAAAACAAGCACGUAGCAUAGACAAAGUGCCAACAAAAUAACAACACACAAUUACCCUAGAGCAAAACAAGGAACUUAUAAGACACAUAAUCAACACCCAAACAGACACAGGUGUGACAGACAGACAAAAGCAAUCAACUACAGAAACAUAGAGCGGUGGCAGCUAGUACUCCGGGGACGGCGAGCGCCGAAGCCUGCCCGAACCAGGAGGAGGAGCAGCCUCGGCCGAAACCGUGACACUAUCCCCCCCCCCGGAUGCAUGCCAUGUUGACAUGAAUUGACCAGGUGCAUGAGUUCUUUCAAAUAAUUCACAUAUUUUAACCUUUAAAAUAUUACACAGUGCCAUUUAGAUUGGGAGUAAUUAGCACUGUGACAACCAACCCGUAAGACAACCAACCCCGGUCUCCUCUACUCAGUAUUCUUUUUUUAUUUUCUCCAGUUUCUCUGCAUCAGGGUUUUUAAUGUGGUUGUGUGUUUGGUUCUGAGGACAUCAACAGUAUCGCUCUAUCUCUUUCUCCCUCUCUUUCUUUCUUUCUCUUUCUCUCUCAGGGUCAGUCUUCAUUAUGGCAUCAUGUGCUUGAAGCGUUUGAACUAUGACAGGAAGGAGCUAGAAAGGAGGAGGGAUGAGAGCCAACAUCUGAACCAAGGUGAGAAUACUCUACACAGGUAACUUGAGUCGUAACAUAUUUGGGGGCUCGUCUGAUAUUGCCAAUGAUUGUUGUCUUGCAAAUAAAACAGAGGUAACUUGGGCUAUAACAUCACCCAUAUUCUUUGUCUCUCAAAUGCUAAUCUUCACAGUUUUUUUUAACCUCACUCGAUUGUUAUUGUACUACAGUAGCUGCCUCUUUCUGCCCCCUCCCUAGAUGUGAUGGUAUGGUCCAAUGAGCGAGUGAUGUGUUGGGUCAAGGCCAUUGGGCUAAAGGAGUUUGCAGAUAAUCUCACAGAGAGUGGGGUCCAUGGGGCCCUCCUAGCCCUGGACGACACGUUCGAUUACACCGACCUAGCCCUGCUCAUCCAGAUACCCAAUCAGAACACACAGGUACCUUCCCUUCCUGCUACACUCAAAAAAAUGCUGGCUUGAAAACGACCCAGUUUGGGAUAUUUGCUAACCCAAAGCUAGGGAUGGGCUUUUGAAAUAGUUUCACUAUUCGAAUAAUAUCAUGAUUUUUUUUCGGAUAUCCGGAUAGUCUAAAUACAUUUUAAACUUCAAUGGGGACUUGCUCGUGCGACUCAGGAGGUGCACUCUGCUUGUUGUUUCAGCACAGAAGGGUGUGGGAGGGGCAGAGUGUCUGACAUCGAGGGAGAGUGAGAGAAAGUAGCCAAACCAACUUGCGCAAGUUAGACAAACUUGUUGCCGCAAUAGAUUAUCUAUCAUCUCAUCUGGCAGUGUCUGUCUUGACUGCAUCAAAUUGAUGUAAAGAAGCUAGCUAGCUACACUAUCCAACUAAGUUAGCCAGAUAGCUAGCUAGCAAGGCUAAUUGAGGCUAUUUUGCUUCGCUCCCCAUCCAACAACUCCAUUCAUAUUAAACAACAGCCUACCUAUUGGAUGAUCAUUGUAGCCUACUCCUUCUCAUUUAGCCAAUAAUUCAAUUUACCAUUGAUUAGAAAUCUCCCACUUCACUUGCUACACAUGGAGCCUCUGACUGUAAAGCUGCUUUGAUUGACUGACAAUAACAAGCUACACACGUGAAAAGUGUCUAGGCUACCGGUAAGUAUUUUUUUAUGGCCGCACUCAUAAAAACUGUAAUAAAACUGUUUUAUUAACAUUUUGAAUGUCAUGGUCUAUCUUUGCAUGUAGCAAUGUCACGUAGAUAGUAAAAAUUUAGGCAAAGCCUUUUAAUAAAAAUUAAAAGUAUAUAUAUAUUGGUUCUUUCAAAAAUGUAUACUCUCGCAAGUAAUCGAAUAAUAACGAUUGAAUAUUCGGGUAAAUAUUGGACAGAACACACACUGGGUUAUUUUGACUCAGCCAGUUGGGUUGCGUGAAUAACCCAAGAUGUUGGGUUGUUUGGAUUACACAAACAUUGGCUAAUUUAACCAUCCGUUUUUAUUCACUUUCAUUCUGGGUUGACCCAGGGGUGAAUGACUGACUGCACCCUCUCAUUGAAGCCAUGACAGUUCAAGGCCAACCGCAGUACUGCAGGAAUUGUUAGCAGAAAACAGGAUCCCCUAUUAUAGUGAAUGGAACAAUUGCAAUCUUUGUGGUAAAUGUUAGUGUAAAUAAAAUAAAAAUGUAACACAAUCAUGGUACCAAUAAUAGCUUCUAAUACAAACAAUGUACACUCACCGGAAAGUGUAUUAGGUUCACCCGUCUAGUACCGUGUCGGACCACCCUUUGCCUCCAGAACAGCCUGAAAUCUUCAGGUCAUGGAUUCUACAAGGUGUCGAAAACAUUAGUUGCUCAAUUGAUAUCAAGGGACCUAAUGUCUGCCAGGAAAACAUUCCCCACACCAGGACACCAUGGACUCAUGCUGCUUACGCCAAAUCCUGACUCUGCCAUCAGCAUGACGCAACAGGAACCAGAAUUAAUUAGACCAGGCAAUGUUUUUCCACAGGCAAUGUUUUUCCUGUGUUGGUGAUCGUGUGCCCACUGGAGCCACUUCUUCUUGUUUUUAGCUGAUAGGAGUGGAACCCGGUGUGGAUGCCUGCUGCAAUAGACGAUCCAUAGCAAGGAUCGACCAGUUGGGCGUUCCGAGAUUCCGUUCUGCAAACCACUGUUGUACUGCACCUUUAUUUGCCUGUUUGUGGCCCACCUGUUAGCUUGCACCAUUCUUGCCAUUCUCUUUCGACCUCUCUCAUCAGCUGUUUUCGCCCACAGGACUGCCGCUGACUGGAUGUUGCUGUUUUUUUGUCACACCAUUCUCUGUAAACCCUAGACACUGUUGUGCGUGAAAAGCCCAGGAUGUCCCAACGCUGACGUCACCCAAUUGAAGUUGAAAUGUAAAAGAGUUAAGGUUAGGGGUUAUGGUUAGGUUAGGGUUUAGUGUCACGAGCGCCAAUGAAGUACGACCAAAGCGCAGCGUUGGGAGUGAACAUGAUGAUUUUAAUGUUGAAACACACGACAAAACACGAUCCGUGACGUCCUCAGUUACACCGACUGAACAUAGAACAAAAACCCACAAACACAAGGUGAAAACACACACUUUAAAUAUGGCUCCCAAUCAGAGAUAACGAGCCGACAGCUGACACUCGUUACCUCCGAUUGGGAGUCACAAGACCAAUUACCCCAAAAACACAAACAAAUGAAACGCACCCAUACCCAACACCACCAAAUGAAAUACACCCUGACUCUAACUACACAGUCCCAGAGCCAGAGUGUGACAGUACCCCCCCCCCAAAGGCGCGGACUGCGACCGCGCCUAACUACAAGCAAACGGGGGAGGGCUGGGUGGGCAUUCCUCCUCGGCGGCGGCUCCGGCUCCGGGCUUCCUCCCCACUUCCUCUCCAACCCCCCAAAGUACCCCUGGGCCUGUCUAGCCCCGCUGGCCGGAACCGGACUGACGACACGCGCCCCUGGCUUGGUGCGAGGAUCCUGGCUGGACGGCUCUGGCAGAUCCCGGCUGGACGGCUCUGGCGGAUCCCGGCUGGACGGCUCUGGCGGAUCCCGGCUGGACGGCUCUGGCGGAUCCCGGCUGGACGGCUCUGGCGGAUCCCGGCUGGACGGCUCUGGCGGAUCCCGGCUGGACGGCUCUGGCGGAUCCCGGCUGGAAGGCUCUGCAGGAUCCCGGCUGGAAGGCUCUGGCGGAUCCCGGCUGGACGGCUCUGGCGGAUCCCGGCUGGACGGCUCUGGCGGAUCCCGGCUGGACGGCUCUGGCGGAUCCCGGCUGGACGGCUCUGGCGGAUCCUGGCUGGACGGCUCUGGCGGAUCCUGGCUGGACGGCUCUGGCGGAUCCUGGCUGGACGGCUCAUGGCUGGCUACGGACUGGCUGCUCAUGGCUGGCGCGGAUGGCUGCUCAUGGAUGGCUGACGGAUCUGGCGCUCAUGGCUGGCGACGGUCUGGCUGCUCUGGCUGGCGGAAGGAUCUGGCUGAUCUGGCUGCGGAAGGAUCUGGCUGUCAGGCUGGCGGAAGGCUCUGGCUGAUCCUGUCGGCGGACGGCUCUGGCUGAUCCGGGUCGUCUGGCGGACGGCUCUGGCUGGACAUGGCUGACUGACGCAUCCCGUAGGCCUCGGUGCUUGAGGACGGCCGGCUGGCUGCGAAACUGCACACAGACUUGGUGCGGGCGAGGAACGGCCGACUGGGCUGGCGAGACCCUUUAGGCUUGGUGCGUUGAGCAGGAACAGACAGAACCGCACUGGGGACACACACCCCUGGCCCUACACGGGGAUCAGGAACGGGCCGGACCGGACUGGAAACACCCCCCAGUACCUCUCGCCGUGCCUCCACACUUUCCAUCCCCUUCGUAACCAGUGGCCCCCUUAAACUGGCGGCCAUCUCUGCCAACCUCUUGCACUCCUCCGGGCCGUACACCUUCUGCCCCGACGUCGUGAGCCCCCCCCUAAAAAUUUUCUGGGGGUCUCUCCUCUCGGUGGACCAGGCCUCCAUAGUCCUCUCCCAACCUUCGCUCUUCUGGCUCCACCACUCGUAUUCCAACUGCUGCUUGGUCUCGUUGUGGUGGGUUUUUCUGUCACGAGCGCCAAUGAAGUACGACCAAAGCGCAGCGUUGGGAGUGAACAUGAUGAUUUUAAUGUUGAAACACACGACAAAACACGAUCCGUGACGUCCUCAGUUACACCGACUGAACAUAGAACAAAAACCCACAAACACAAGGUGAAAACACACACUUUAAAUAUGGCUCCCAAUCAGAGAUAACGAGCCGACAGCUGACACUCGUUACCUCCGAUUGGGAGUCACAAGACCAAUUACCCCAAAAACACAAACAAAUGAAACGCACCCAUACCCAACACCACCAAAUGAAAUACACCCUGACUCUAACUACACAGUCCCAGAGCCAGAGUGUGACAUUUAGGGUAGGGACGUCCCAAGAAUAGCACUAACCCUUUUUUAUUCUAAUCCAUUUGCAGGCGUGGCUUUCAGAUAGUUAUUUUUGGCCACCCGUGAGAGUAAAUGUCAUUCCUGUUCAUCAUGUUACGUUUGUACACUGCAAAUUUCAAUUUUCCUUGAAUAUUUUUGAUCUUUACAAAUUCUAAUAUAAACUGAAUAACAAUAUUAUUUCUAAACCUUUUCACACGUACCAACAAACGGGUGUGAUCAUUCUACAGUGGUCCCUGCAGCGUACGCUCAAACUGGUGUGAUUAGAACACUUAUUUAGAACGUCCAGUUUCAAUUGACGCAACAGUCAGCAUUUGAGCUAGCCACACUGUUUUUUCACAGAAACAUUUUGCACAAACACAGUCCUUACAAAGUUAUUUACAUUUUACAUUUUAGUCAUUUAGCAGACGCUCUUAUCUAGAGUGACUUACAGUUAGUGAGUGCAUACAUUUUCAUACUGGCCCCCCUUAUGAAACGAACCCACAACCCUGGCGUUGCAAGCGCCAUGCUCUACCAACUGAGCUACAGGGGACCUAUAUUCAGAGUUAUGUCCUGAAUAUGACCAGUUAAUUUUUUGGAUGCACUGUUCAGACAUUCACAGAAGUAGUGACAGCAUACACAAUCAUUCAAAUCUGAAAAUGUAGGCUACAUUAGUCCUAGUGCUAACUGAGGAAAGAUUGACGUAACACAAGCGGUCAUAUUUAGAUAACUCUUGGCUGUCAGAAACCACAAUAUGAAUUAGCUAAUAGCAAUUACUAUUUAUAAUUCAUCACAUCCCGGGUGAGCUCACCAUUGAUCGAAAUAAUUGAGUAAAACACUUUGCAGAAAUCGAAAGUAAUCCGACGAUGGGUAGUUUGUGCGCGCCACCAUGUUUGUUUUUUUGCCUCAACCAAAGAUAAUAAGAGGAGACAAGAAGAGUUUGGUCUGUUUGCAGUAUGCAUGUUGAAGGGGGAGUGUCAUCUACGAUCAUUCAGUUCCCAUCAUUCACUUCCGAAAGUUUACUUGAAAAAUGAGUGAACCAUUCCUUCACCUCAUUAUAACAUCUUUGGUCUGACAGAUGUUUACGUGACAACCAGAAUGCAUGGUAUAAUGUCAACAAACAUGGCGCCACACAUAGCUGGCAAAUAACUUAGCAUUAGCUCAUUAUAAUCAGUAGAACCUUCAAAAAAGUAUUUUACACACGUCAUAGGUGUCUAUUACGAUACAUGCAAAAAUCGGAAUGCAUUAUUUGUCACCAGUACUUGAAAACGUGAAUAAAACUGUAAAUACAUUAUGCUCCAUACAUACAAAACAUACAUACAUGCAAACUGUAUGCUACAGUAGAAACGACAACACGAUAUACAGAAAAUAAGGCACUUACUUUGAUAGGAACGCACACAUGUCCAAAGUUAUUAUUUGUAAGGAAAACAACAAGGCAGGCAAUGCGAGCACCAGCCAGAAAAUGUUCCAAUUUGUGCAUAUUUGAUCUGCAGAAACAUUGGUGAAGACGUGCUUGGGCUCUCCUCGAAGAGAGAAGUUUGUCCGGCUCAGUAAAGACUCACACAUAAAUUGUCUGCUACGCUGAAAUUGGGAGGCGGAACACACCUCAAUUCAAACUGUUGUUAUAAAAUAAAACUUGUUAGAAAAUAAUUUGAAAUUGACAAGUUGAAACAUAGCCUAUAGAUAAUUAGCAGGCAGCGCGUGUUAACUGUCCUGUUGCGUAACAAUCACAUUUUGGAACAGUGAGUGCAUUUUGACAUGUGAAUAGGUUAAUAUUGUAACAACGUGGUAACUAUCCCUCAUUAAAGCUACACAAGCGUUAGUGUUCAACCUGCACAUGUGAUAACAAUACAACAGAACAGAUUAACCGGAAUGACAUUUACUCUCACGUGUGGCCAAAAACAACUAUCUGAAAGCCACGCCCCUACUAAGCCAUGCCUACAGUCUAUCUCAAUAACCCAAAGUCUAAGAAGCGGUAGAUCUGUUCUAUGUGCGCCUUUUCUAUGCUUACCAUUCUUACAUUUAGUUUUUGCAUUUUUUACUUUGGUACUUUUGUACACCAGCUUCAAACAAGCUGAAAAUACAAUAUCUUUGAAAAUAUGUUAGAUGGUACAAUGAUUCUCUACACUAUACUUGUUUUGUUGCUUAUUUUGUCACAUAAAUUGAAAUUAGGCAAACUAUUAGAAUUUUUCAACCAGGAAAUGGUGGUGGGAUUUUUCCAUAUCGCACCUUUAAAACUGAAACAGUUUCUCUCAACUCCAUGGAGAAAUUUGUAGAAUUGCAGAAAAUUUGCUUAAAUAUUCAAAAAUGUCUCUACACCGCCAAGAUGGGGUCCUCUAAAAUGUUCUCUAAAAUCCAGCCAUGCCGACGGGCCGACCACAAUCCAAUCAGAGCACAGGCACUCCUCAUUCUACUAUCGUAGUCUCAUCAGAACAACCCUCAUUCACCACAAUCACCAACCUACUUCAUUUACCUUACUUACAACUGUUUGGUAACUCAAUUUAAUCAAGAAAUCCCCUUGAUAAUCUUAAUUGUAAUCUUAAUACACUCAUUAUUUCUCUCCCAGGCGAGGCAGAUGCUGGAGAAGGAGUACAAUGCUCUCAUCUCCAUUGGAACGGAGAGAAGGCCAGAUGAGGUAAAAAUAAUAAUAAUCAAAGAAUGCCAAUGAAAACAACAUCAAUAAAGUUAAUCCUCAAUGAUAAUGACUCAUACAAGCAAGCGUUACAAUCUUUAUGAAAUGGUAGGUGGAUAGUUGCCUGCCUAAGGUUAUUGCUCAUGAAGAUAGGCAGUUUGUUUCAACCAACAUUAACUGUGGGAACCAUGUGCAUGUAUUUUUCCCACAUGCUGUUCUAUAGUAUACCUAACUAGCACUUGGGAAAUCUAAUGAAUAUCAUCAUACAAUAUUGUCUGCGUCUCGUUGACAGGAUGGCACUAAGACGUUCACACGCUCACCCUCGUGGAGGAAGAUGUUCAGAGAGAAGGACCUCCGGGGCGUGACCUCUGAUUCCUCGGAAACGUUACCCGCCAACUUCCGUGCCUCCGCCAUCUCCACGCCCUCCGUCACCCUGAGGAAAGUCCAAAGUGAAGGUGAGGUGGUCGUCGCUUUCAUCUCCUUCCCACUGGGGACCUGCUAUUUGGGUCAUUGGUUCCAUGCUGACCACCCAUUUCAGUGUUUA